GUAGGAGGUCGAGUCCUGUGUGUCUCGUGAAACCUGUAUUUUUGCUUCCAUGGUGUAGAAAUGGCUGAGAGUCUUGCGAAGAUGAUCCAAAUUAAGCUUCAGUUCAGGAAGUGAGAUGGAAUUUAUCGGGCACUGGAAUGAGGAAAAAGAAGAGAUAAAGUAUAAGAAAUGUUUAUUAUUGAACAUUUACUGCAGAUAAAUUACUAAUACUGUGCGCUCUGUUUUUAAGGUUUUAUUGUUUUUCUAAAAUUUGAGGAAGACUCGACAUUACGAACAGCAGGUAGAGGAGAGCGUGAGUUCAUAUUAGAGACGUUUCGAUACAGUUGCUGCCUGAGCCGGGUGAGAUAAUAGACGAACCUGCAGGACACACUGUUUAGCUCUUUCUAAGUAUGAGGAAGUAAAUCUCAGCUUGUCAUUCUGGCUGCUACAAGUGUCACUUCACGUCCCUCCUUCCCCAGGUAGCUUUUUGCAGAACUUCCUCCUAGUCAGAGCUGCAGAUCUCGUAGGACAGAGGCCAUGGGGCUCCGGCUGUGCAGGGCUUACUGCUCCUGCUGUCCAUGUUCAUGCUGCUACCAGACUAAUCAGGAACCCAAUGACUUUAUAUCCCCCGCACCAGCAAUCCCAGAAAAUGUGUUCGUAUCUUAUGUCCCAGAAAAUCAUGAACGAUCAUUUUCAACAUUCCGAUCACCGAAUACCACCGUGCUGAACAGGCAAAAUCCCACAUCUGGAUCCACACUAGAGAAAAAAAAAAAAUCCAAUGGAAUCGAUAACAAUGGAUUCAGCAACAUGGAGGAUGUCACUGAUGAUGGAGAAACAGGUCAUGUUAGACCUUAUGUGUGCCAUAACACGCAACCUCCACAACAGUCAAAUUCUGAAAAUAUCCUUAAUCUGGGCAACGAAUUGAACUCAGGGAUAACAUCUGUAGGAAUAGGACUGAAUCCCAUGAGGUUCAGCAGAGCAGCCAAAGUAUCCACAUAUAGUUACAAGGCUCGCUCAUCCAAAGACCUGGAGGUGAACAAAGGAGAGAAAGUAGAGGUGAUAGAACAGCGCGGUGAAUGGGUCUACGCCAAGAAGACCACCGAUGGAGGACAGGUCGAAAAAGGAUAUAUCCACCAAAGCUACCUGGCAGACGUGGGCAGUCUGGAAGCUGAAGAGUGAGUACAAAGGGUUUGGAUUAAAUUCAGUAAAUAACAAAUCUUAGCACAGGCUGUAUUAGUUCCUAAUGUGUCUGUCCCGCACCCCUCAAAAUGUCACAUUCAUUGGUGAUUUAAAACGCUGGAGCAUUGAGAUUGAAAUGCAGUGUCGCAACACGUAAACUAACAGGUUUAUCUGCUACCCAAACAGAUACAGAGCAUUGUGGAAGUUUUAGUCCAACAUUUGAGAGGCCAAUGUUAAAUAAUAACAUUCUCUUACUGUAAAAUAAUUAUUUAUGGAUAUACAUUUAUGCAAUCUAUUCUGGUAAAGUAUGUGGGCUGGCAGUGCUUGGCAGGGUAUAGAAUCUAUUCUGGUAAAGUACGUGGGCUGGCAGUGCCUGGCAGUGUAUAGAAUCUAUUCUGGUAAAGUAUGUGGGCUGGCAGUGCCUGGCAGGGUAUACAAUCUAUUCUGGUAAAGUAUGUGGGCUGGCAGUGCUUGGCAGUGUAUACAAUCUAUUCUGGUAAAGUAUGUGGGCUGGCAGUGCUUGGCAGUGUAUACAAUCUAUUCUGGUAAAGUAGGUGGGCUGGCAGUGCAUAGAAUCUAUUCUGGUAAAGUAUGUGGGCUGGCAGUGCCUGGCAGUUUAUAGAAUCUAUUCUGGUAAAGAACAUGGGCUGGCAGUGCUUGGCAGUGUAUACAAUCUAUUCUGGUAAAGUAUGUGGGCUGGCAGUGCCUGGCAGUGUAUACAAUCUAUUCUGGUAAAGUAUGUGGGAUGGCAGUGCCUGGCAGUGUAUACAAUCUAUUCUGGUAAAGUAUGUGGGCUGGCAGUGCCUGGCAGCGUAUACAAUCUAUUCUGGUAAAGUAUGUGGGCUGGCAGUGCCUGGCAGGGUAUAGAAUCUAUUCUGGUAAAGUAUGUGGGCUGGCAGUGCCUGGCAGGGUAUACAAUCUAUUCUGGUAAAGUAUGUGGGCUGGCAGUGCCUGGCAGGGUAUAGAAUCUAUUCUGGUAAAGUAUGUGGGCUGGCAGUGCUUGGCAGUGUAUACAAUCUAUUCUGGUAAAGUAUGUGGGCUGGCAGUGCCUGGCAGGGUAUAGAAUCUAUUCUGGUAAAGUACGUGGGCUGGCAGUGCUUGGCAGUGUAUACAAUCUAUUCUGGUAAAGUACGUGGGCUGGCAGUGCCUGGCAGUGUAUACAAUCUAUUCUGGUAAAGUAGGUGGGCUGGCAGUGUAUAGAAUCUAUUCUGGUAAAGUAUGUGGGCUGGCAGUGCAUACAAUCUAUUCUGGUAAAGUACGUGGGCUGGCAGUGCCUGGCAGGGUAUAGAAUCUAUUCUGGUAAAGUACGUGGGCUGGCAGUGCCUGGCAGUGUAUACAAUCUAUUCUGGUAAAGUAUGUGGGCUGGCAGUGUAUAGAAUCUAUUCUGGUAAAGUAUGUGGGCUGGCAGUGCCUGGCAGUGUAUAGAAUCUAUUCUGGUAAAGAAUGUGGGCUGGCAGUGCCUGGCAGUGUAUAGAAUCUAUUCUGGUAAAGUACGUGGGCUGGCAGUGCCUGGCAGUGUAUACAAUCUAUUCUGGUAAAGUACGUGGGCUGGCAGUGCUGGCAGUGUAUAGAAUCUAUUCUGGUAAAGUAUGUGGGCUGGCAGUGCCUGGCAGUGUAUACAAUCUAUUCUGGUAAAGUAUGUGGGCUGGCAGUGCCUGGCAGUAUAUACAAUCUAUUCUGGUAAAGUAUGUAUGGGCUGGCAGUGCCUGGCAGUGUAUAGAAUCUAUUGUUGGUAAAGUAUGUGGUUGCUUGAGUACCUGGCAGUGUAUAGAAUCUAUUCUGGUAAGUACAUGGAGCUGCUUGAGUGCCUGGCAAUGUAUACAAUCUAUUGUGAAGUAAGAAAUGCAUUAGGCUGGCAGUGCCUGGCAGUGUAUAGAAUCCUAUUGUGGUAGAAAUGCGUGGGCUGGCAGUGCCUGGCGAGGUGUAUACAAUCUAUUGUGGUAAAAAUGCAUUGGGCUGGCAGUGCCUGGCAGUGUAUACAAUCUAUUCUAGUAAAAGAAAUGCAUUAGGCUGGCAGUGCCUGGCAGUGUAUAGAAUCUAUUCUGGUAAAGUACGUGGGCUGGCAGUGCUUGGCAGUGUAUAGAAUCUAUUCUGGUAAAGUAUGUGGGCUGGCAGUGCCUGGCAGUGUAUACAAUCUAUUCUGGUAAAGUAUGUGGGCUGGCAGUGCAUACAAUCUAUUCUUGUAAAGUAUGUGGGCUGGCAGUGCCUGGCAGUGUAUAGAAUCUAUUGUUGGUAAAGUAUGUGGGUUGGCAGUGCCUGGCAGUGUAUAGAAUCUAUUCUGGUAAAGUACAUGGGCUGGCAGUGCCUGGCAGUGUAUACAAUCUAUUGUGGUAAAGUACGUGGGCUGGCAGUGCCUGGCAGUGUAUAGAAUCUAUUGUGGUAAAGUACGUGGGCUGGCAGUGCCUGGCAGUGUAUACAAUCUAUUGUGGUAAAGUACGUGGGCUGGCAGUGCCUGGCAGUGUAUACAAUCUAUUCUGGUAAAGUACGUGGGCUGGCAGUGCCUGGCAGUGUAUAGAAUCUAUUCUGGUAAAGUAGGUGGGCUGGCAGUACCUGGCAGUGUAUACAAUCUAUUGUGGUAAAGUAGGUGGGCUGGCAGUGCCUGGCAGUGUAUACAAUCUAUUCUGGUAAAGUAUGUGGGCUGGCAGUGCUUGGCAGUGUAUAGAAUCUAUUCUGGUAAAGUAUGUGGGCUGGCAGUGCCUGGCAGUGUAUAGAAUCUAUUCUGGUAAAGUAUGUGGGCUGGCAGUGCCUGGCAGUGUAUAGAAUCUAUUCUGGUAAAGUAUGUGGGCUGGCAGUGCCUGGCAGGGUAUACAAUCUAUUCUGGUAAAGUAUGUGGGCUGGCAGUGCCUGGCAGUGUAUAGAAUCUAUUCUGGUAAAGUAUGUGGGCUGGCAGUGCCUGGCAGUGUAUAGAAUCUAUUCUGGUAAAGUAUGUGGGCUGGCAGUGCCUGGCAGUGUAUAGAAUCUAUUCUGGUAAAGUAUGUGGGCUGGCAGUGCUUGGCAGUGUAUAGAAUCUAUUCUGGUAAAGUAUGUGGGCUGGCAGUGCCUGGCAGUGUAUAGAAUCUAUUCUGGUAAAGUAUGUGGGCUGGCAGUGCCUGGCAGUGUAUAGAAUCUAUUCUGGUAAAGUAUGUGGGCUGGCAGUGCCUGGCAGGGUAUACAAUCUAUUCUGGUAAAGUAUGUGGGCUGGCAGUGCCUGGCAGUGUAUAGAAUCUAUUCUGGUAAAGUAUGUGGGCUGGCAGUGCCUGGCAGUGUAUAGAAUCUAUUCUGGUAAAGGUAUGUGGGCUGGCAGUGCCUGGCGGUGUAUAGAAUCUAUUCUGGUAAAGAGUAUGUGGCUGGCAGUGCUUGGCGGUGUAUAGAAUCUAUUCUGGUAAAGAGUAUGUGGGCUGGCAGUGCCUGGCAGUGUAUAGAAUCUAUUCUGAAAUUGCAAAGUAUGUGGGCUGGCAGUGGCUGGCAGUGUAUAGAAUCUAUUCUGGUAAAGUAUGUGGGCUGGCAGUGCCUGGCAGUUUAUAGAAUCUAUUCUGGUAAAGAACAUGGGCUGGCAGUGCUUGGCAGUGUAUACAAUCUAUUCUGGUAAAGUAUGUGGGCUGGCAGUGCCUGGCAGUGUAUAGAAUCUAUUCUGGUAAAGUAUGUGGGCUGGCAGUGCCUGGCAGUGUAUAGAAUCUAUUCUGGUAAAGUAUGUGGGCUGGCAGUGCUUGGCAGUGUAUAGAAUCUAUUCUGGUAAAGUAUGUGGGCUGGCAGUGCCUGGCAGUGUAUAGAAUCUAUUCUGGUAAAGUAUGUGGGCUGGCAGUGCGUGGCAGUGUAUAGAAUCUAUUCUGGUAAAGUAUGUGGGCUGGCAGUGCUUGGCAGUGUAUAGAAUCUAUUCUGGUAAAGUAUGUGGGCUGGCAGUGCCUGGCAGUGUAUAGAAUCUAUUCUGGUAAAGUAUGUGGGCUGGCAGUGCCUGGCAGGGUAUACAAUCUAUUCUGGUAAAGUAUGUGGGCUGGCAGUGCCUGGCAGUGUAUACAAUCUAUUCUGGUAAAGUAUGUGGGCUGGCAGUGCCUGGCAGUGUAUAGAAUCUAUUCUGGUAAAGUAUGUGGGCUGGCAGUGCCUGGCAGUGUAUACAAUCUAUUCUGGUAAAGUAUGUGGGCUGGCAGUGCCUGGCAGUGUAUACAAUCUAUUCUGGUAAAGUAUGUGGGCUGGCAGUGCCUGGCAGUGUAUACAAUCUAUUCUGGUAAAGUAUGUGGGCUGGCAGUGCCUGGCAGUGUAUACAAUCUAUUCUGGUAAAGUACGUGGGCUGGCAGUGCUCUCCAGUGAUGGUAAACUCCAGCCGCUGUUAUAUCUGGAUCAAUAUAUAUCACAACGAAGCAAUCUGUGUUAUAUAGUAAACUCGGCCCGGCCACCAACACCUAAUUUCAGGUCAUGUGACGAGCAAUGACAAAGUUUGGUAGUCCAUUCAUGCAUCUAAUAAAUGCAGCAAUGCCGUUAUAUAUCGCCGUCAUACGCCAUGUCUUUCAUGCCUGUGAAAACAUAUGUAAGAAAAGUCCCCAGAAUGUGAAACAUUGACCACCUUUCUAUUGGUCCAACAGAAUUUGUGGAGAUCAAACGUUUCAGCGUCAAUAUUGGUGAUUAUUUUAAUGAUCACAUAUAAAACAAUGUACUGGGUGUCUGAAGUUAUCAAUAGGAAUAUCCAAUUCAAUGGCUGGUAGGGCAGUGUCUGCUCUAAUAAAGGGGAGGAAUUAGCAAUGGAAUGUGUCUGCUGGAUCCACUGGUUUCCAUGGUGACUGCCCCACUUUUAGUACUUUAGACUACGGAUACAUUUUCCUAUACAUUAGAGCACGUUGCUGUGGUAAUCGCAGAUUUGCACAGCUGAUGGUGACAGAAUGUUGCUUCAUGCAGAUGUAGAUUGCCAUGACAACCUCUGCAAUGUUUUGGGGAAUUAAAGGGACGCUACAGGGUAGAACUGGCCCCCCUGCCCCAUUUUAGUUUAUGAUGAUACUAGCAGCUUGUAGUGUGCAGUAACAGAAUAAAUUAACAUGCCAAGAGAAUUCCUUCAUACUUUAAGAAUGUAUUAUUUGCAUCCAUGUAUGUGUGUGGCUGCGGAACACGCUCCUGAUCACAUGUUGCCAGUUUGUGCCGCUGUCCAUCCACAUGUUUACAAUGGAUGUCUCUUAGUGAAUGCACAUCCGGUGCACAAUAGCGUCAGGACCCAUCACAGCAGGAAUAAGAUCUCACGGGGCCCUGAGCAGAUUACUGAGUUGGCCCCCACUUAUAUUCUUUACAUAUGGGUGGUGAAAGGGGCCAAACAGAUUCAAGGUUACAGGGCCCCCUUCUAACAAUUGGGCCCUAGACGGCCACCUGUAGUGAAUCCUGUUCUGGACCCAGUGAUGUCAACUAGAGCUGUAUAAACAGUGAUAACAUGUGAAUUGAGGUUCUCUAUAAAAUGGGUCUCAGAUAUAAACCUUGCCUCUGGCAGCACAUAUACUAAAUGGACUACGCAAGAAAGUCGGAGACUCAUUAAAAGAAACAGUAUGUUUUAAUUCCCUUCAAGCAGAUUGCACCAUUAAUCAAAUACAUAUAAAGAGAAAGAGAACAUAAUCUGUCCUAAUUAACUUGGAUCCUAAAUAAAUUAAACACUUAAAAUCUAACGUUUAAUAGAUGUAAUUAAAAAAAAAGGUAAAGUAACCUUCAAUCUCUAUAAAGUAGUGAAUGCCUUUCACAGAGCCAGUUAAACUCAAAGAUACUUAGUCAUGAAUAGAGUUGAGCGGACACCUGGAUGUUCGGGUCCGGUGGGUUCGGGCGAACUUUGAAAAAAAGUCCGGCUUCGUGAUCGAACUUAACCCCGAACCCCAUUGAAGUUUUGGGCACUAAAAUGCUUCUAAAAUAGUCCUAGGAAGGGCUAGAGGGCUGCAAAAGGAAGUAAAAUGGGGGUAAGAGUAGGACAAGUGCCCUGCAAACAAAUGUGGAUAGGGAAAUCACUUAAAAUAACAAAAAUUAAAAAUACAGCCGAGCCAUAAAAUAGCGCUGGAUGGAAUCUUUGAUUUUAGCUUUGGAAGAACAUAAAUCAAAAUCUAAAGCAUGGCUGUCAGGAGGAUCACCAGAAUUAUCCAUUUUAGAGAGGGUUGGAGUGCAGGGUAUUCUCUUUCAUUGUUCAAACUGAGCUCAACUCCUGAUGCAUGGAGAAAAGGCCUUCACAAGCCUCUGGUAUUGUGUACAUAGUUUAUACUAAGUGACCCAUAGGCUGAGGAGGCGGUGACUGUGGCGGUGUAGGUGGAAGCAGCGGUGGAGGAGGAGGAGGUAGCCAACACUGUUUUUUAUAUAUAUUUUUUAUUUUAUUGGGAAAUAUAAAAAAAGAAAACUCUGUUCCGCAGAGCGACUGACCCGUGCGUGCUGCAGCUGAAACUCCACUAUCGCCUGCUGCUGCUCACACAGUCUCAUGAGGCAGUGAGGGGGAAGGCCAAAGUUGCACUGCAGUGCAGACAGGCGAGCAGCAGGGCGAGAACGCCAAAAGCGAGCACAGAUGGCCCCACUUUCUGCAGCAGCUCUGAUAUAUCUGGGUAGUUUUUCAGGAAUUUCUGCACAACCAAAUUCAGCACAUGCUCCAGGCAAGGGAUGUGCGUCAAACCGUCGAGUCCCAGAGCUGCUACGAGAUUUCGCCCAUUAUCGCACACCACCAGGCCGGGCUUGAGGCUCAGGGGCAACAACCACUCAUCGGUCUGUUGUUCCAUGCCCGUCCACAGCUCCUGCAUGGUGUGGGGUUUUUCACCCAAACAUAUGAGUUUUGAAACGGCCUGCUGUCGUUUCCCCCUGGCUGUGCUGAAGUUGGUGGUGUUACGCUGACCGGAUGAGGAGGUGAUAGAGGAGGAGGAGGAAGAAGCUGAGUAGGAGGAGGAGGCAACAGGAGGCAAAGCUGUGUACCCAAUUAAAGAUUGUCAAACGUUGUAUCCUGGAACUGUGUCCCAUCUGGUUACUGGGGAAAUGACCUAUUCUAAUUAAAGGGGAUAACCAUCGGUUACACAGGUCCCGCUUCAAUUGGUGGCAAGCGGCGGGAUCCCAUGGCCCUGCCUACAGACCCAUGGACUACAGUGCUCUAAAGCAACCUACACUGCAGGACUUGUGUGGAGCCAGAGAAUUAACGCCUGGUGGGCGUAACAAGGCCGAAUUGGCUGCUGCGCUCAUGGAGGACGACCAGGCAUGCAGUGAGGCAACAAACCCCAGCUAGGGGCCGGAGAUGAGGAGGAAGUGCGCAAGGAGGUGUAACGGCGCUUGGCAUAUUACCGAGAGCCACCUUCAGAGGAGAUUGUCAUCAGGACCUUUUUGGAGGUGCAAGCCUAUGUCCUUGCCAAUAGACACCAAUAUGGCCAGCAAACUAGUGGGGAAGGCAGCGGAUAUUUACCGGGCUGUACCAGAAGAGCAGAUCAGAGACUAUCCCUUUAUUACCCAAAUUCUCCUGGCCCAGUAUGCGGUCACCCCCGAGCAAUACCCCCGAAAGUUAAGGGAGACCCGGAAAGGGGAGAAGGACUCCCAUGCGGAGUGGGCAUGCCGCAUCACAAGGGCCACCCAGAACUGGCUCAACUCCCAUCAAGCCAAGUUCCUGGAGGAGAUCACCCAGCUUGUCAUACUAGAGCACUUUUUCAAUGGGCUCCCCAACGUCAAGGCGACAACGCAUUUGUAUGUCAUCUUUAUCAACUUUCGAUGCCAUUUACUGCGCUUACCAUGGUGACCACGGGUAAUGGGGAAUCAGGGUUCGAUUCCGGAGAGGGAGCCUGAGAAACGGCUACCACAUGCAAGGAAGGCAGUAGGUGCGUAAAUGACCCACUCCCGACGCUGGAAGGUAGUGACGACAAAUAACAAUACAGGACUCUUUAGAGGCCCUGUAAUUGUAAUGAGUCCACUUGAAAGCCGAAAGCGUGCACAGCCGCUACAGUGAAUGUCACAUCCUAUUCCAAGUUGCGAAUAAGUCUGGGGAUGGCUUCUGGUAUCCAGUACUCUUUUUACUGAAGUUGCAUCAGGGUCCUGGUAUGUGGCCGCACAAACUCUGGUGCUCAACACCAGGGGGCGUGCGGUUACCCUGCACCAGACCCUGCUAAUCCAUUCCAAACUGUGACUCCUAACUUCUACAUCAGGCAUACUGGGUCCUGGUCGUCCGACCGACGCCCAGACAGUGUCUGGGUCCUGGUCACCGGACUGCGAAACUGCGAAUGGCUCGUUAAAUCUGUUAUGGUUCUUUUUAUCGCUUCAACUGUUACUUGGAUAACUGUGGGAAUUCUAAAGAUAAUACAUGCCGACGAGCGCUAGGGGACAGCCGCUCCGCUUUUGCACCCGGCUCCCUCUUAUGAGCGCCUCUUCCUCCAAACUGCACACAUCACUCGCAUGACCUUGAUUCCAUGUAGGGUCUAGGACCUCAUCAUCCUCCACAUCAUCUUCGACCCACUCCUCAACCCUGCCCUCCUUGCCUGUCUGCACUCUGCAGAAAGCCACAACAGUUGGCACCUGUGUUUUUCCAGCAUGUAAAGUCUGCGAAGGACAUAUGGGAAUUGUUUUAGAAUUGUAUCCAGGCAACAGUUUUCCCUAUAAACUGAUCUCUCAGUUUGACUUGUGAGGGUAUUGCCCCAGAAUUACAAUAUUGUUUAAGUACCUCUUAGCUAUUGAUAACUGGUUUAAAUCUAGCAGCUUGUUAUCUGGUAGUUUCUAGUGUAGAAAAUAUCAAUCUGUUUUCUAUCACUUAGAUCUGUGUAACAAGUGUUGUAGGUGUGAAACAAUAUUACAAGUGACCGAUGUAGUAAGUUCGAAUAAAAGUUCCAUUUGCAAAAAAUAUUCUCGCCCACCUUCUGUGGGUUAUUGCAUCUUUAAGAUAUAGACUUAUUGUAUCACACUAGCCAUGCACAGGUAGAUUGUCUGGCACGUUGUUUUGGUGUUUGGUUUUUAACUUUGUAGUUGUGUCUUUACACAAUAUAUAAAUGUAUAUUAAUGCUUCUGUAUAUGAAGCGAUCACAAUAACACUUAUUUUUCACUUUAAAAAAAAAAUCAGACUAAAAAAUUGGUAAUUCACAAUAUGCCAUCUGAAAAGCACAUGAAAGGAUGCUGUAUGAUUUAAAAAAAGAACACACUACGUGAAGGUCCUGCUCACUAGAGUGUGUAGUCAUGAAUGUAACCAGUCAAACUUUGUUUUUACAGCCACUGGUUGGCCCACACAUAUUUUAAAACUUGUUUAAUUUUGUUAUAGCAUGACUUGUAGUUUUGUCUUUAACUUGUCUAUAAUACAUAUUUUUGUAUGACACUUAGUGUGUUUUUUCAUUGAUUAUUGAAUUUUAAUGGUCUAAGAUAAUUAAAAUGUCAACAGGCAAACGUAGCCCGAAUGAUUUGUCUCAGUCUUGCCUUCUAUACUACCUGCACGAUAGGCAACAUUUAUUUGUCUUUAGACUUUCUUGAGAAACGGUAACUAGCCAGUGUUGCACACAUACACCAGAUAUGAAGUGCACACCCCAAAUGUACUAUUUAGCACCCAAAAAAUUAGAAUUUUAAAAACUGCGCUGUAACCACAGUAUUUGACGCUUCUAUUUGACUCUCAGAUAUGAAGUGCACCCCACUAAUGUACUAUUUAGCAGAUUAGCACCCAGAAAAUAAGAACGUUUACAAUUGCGCAGUAAGCACAGUAUUAAACACUUCUAUUUGACUCUUAGAUAUGAAGAGCAGGUCACAAAAUGUACUAUUUAGUAGAUUAGCAGCAAAACAAUUAGAAUUUUUACAACUGCGCUGUAAGCGCACUAUUUGAAGCUUCGAUUUGACUCUCGGAUAUGAAGAGCAUGCCCAAAAUGGACUAUUUAGCAGAUUAGCACCCAGAAAAUAAGAAUGUUUACAACUGCGCUGUAAGCACAGCAUUUGGCGCAUCUAUUUGACUCUCAGAUUUGAAGUGCACCCUACUAAUGUACUAGUUUGCAGAAUUCUUUCCUAAUCUGUCCCUAACAGCUGCAGCAUCAUCUCCCUACACUAAUAAGACCCGAUGUGUGUGCGGCGCUACACAACUCCAGCUUAUAUAUAGAGGCUGGGUCACAUGCUGCACUGGCCUAUCACAGCCAUGCCAUUAGUAGGCAUGGCUCUGAUGGCUUCUAAGGGCACACGAGUCAAAUGCUUGUUGAUUGGCUGCCCUGCAGCCUUUGAAAAUGCGCUAUUAAAUUGCCGAACACCGAACUCCAACCCAAACAUUUAGUGAUAUGUCCGUGUUCGGGUCCGGGGUCCAGAAAACUUAAUGUUUGGUACGAACCCGAACUUUACAGUCCAGGUUCGUUCAACUCUAGUCAUGAAGUAAUGACUCCAAAAAAGUAACUAUCUGAAAGUAUCUAAUGUGAUAGUAGCAGUUAUUGGAAAGGUGAAGAUCUCUUUAGUAACAAAGAUUUAGAUCAAACCUCUAAUAGCAAAUUAAAUAAAGAAAAGGAGUGCAUAUAGUUAUAGUAUGAGAUCUGUAGUAUAUACUGAUAGUGUUAAAGCUUAGAGUCCUCCUUACUGGCGAAACGUGUGUCGGGGCUCAGCUGAACUACUCACCCUUAGCUUUAAACUAUUCCUCUUCGACUCCUACCUGGUCCAGAUACAUACCUCAGAUUUGCUGACGAUAUUUCUUUUUGUGGGGUCAGGCAGUCCUUAAGUUCACACAGUGCAUCUUAGUUAUCGGUAUUUUUGUUACCGCUUAGCUCAGUUUAGAAUGAGGUGCCCUUGAAGGCACAGCUGUAGGGUUAUAGCUAAACGGUUAGUAAUUGGCAUAGAUUUCUGCUAAAUUAACUGUUAGACAGAUUGGGGCUUCAUUGUAUGACACUUACUGAUCAGAACAAGUGAUUUUCUCUCGCUAACCCUCAUAACACUAUCAGUAUAUACUACAGAUCUCAUACUAGAACUAUAUGCACUCCUUUUCUUUAUUUCAUUUGCUAUUAGAGGUUUGCGAUAGGAAUUCACUACAAGUUUAGUUUCACUGAACUAGACAUUUAUGUGAUCUCCCCCUUCUCCCUCUAUGAUCUAAAUCUUUGUUACUAAAGAGAUCUUUACCUUUCCUAUAACAGCGACUAUCACAUUAGAUACUUUCAGAUAGUUACUUUUUUGGAGUCAUUACUCCAUGACGAAGUAUCUUUGUGUUUGACCAGCUCUGUGAAAGUCAUUCACUACUAUAUGUUAUCUCUUGUUUGUAUAUAUCAUUAUUACCCGGAAUAUGUUGUCCCUAUCCCCUGUAUCCCUGAGAUUUAAGGUUACUUUACCUUUUUUAAUUAUAUCUAUUAAAUGCUAGAUCUUAAGUGUUUCAUUUAUUUAGGAUCCAAGUUAAUUAGGACAGAUUAUGUUCUCUUUUAACUUUUGUGAAGGGUUACCCCCUCUAAUCUGUCCUUUAGAUAGUAAUCAUACACUCACAGCUUUUUUUCUUCUCUUUUGUGAAUUAAUCAGAUACAUAUUUUGUCAGUUUAAGAGAUCCCAGCAGUAUCUUCAUUUCACUUGGGAGAGCAAAGCGGAAUAGCUAGCAAUGUGCCCUGUUUAACCCGUGCUGAGGGGGUCUACACCCAGCGGAGGCUGGUCCAUAAGACAGGUUGGGUGGCGUCCCCCAGUUUUUGUAGCAAAGAAAACACAGGUUUGUUGGCAUUGUAAGUACUACUGAUAAGGUGGUGUCUGUCAUAAUUCUAGCUACAGUUUCCAUUGAUGACUUUGAAUAGAGCCUGGCAUCUCAUGAGGUUAGUUGGGUAAUGCACAACUGGUCAAGGGCCACGCCCCACCAUCCUAAACUUCCCCGUCUGCUACUGACUUCACCCACCUCGCGAUGUACUGCAAUGUAGAGAAUGCUUCUACUACUCUCUGUCUGUCUAAACAGUGACAGUCACUCUGAGAGAGUUAUAAACCAUCAAAGCCAACCGUUUUCCCUUACCAAAUGCAACAACAAAAAUUACUUGAUAAACCACAUUCAAAUAAUCAAAUUAUCAGAUAAAAUAAGUUUCACAAGGUGCAUGAGCAAAGCACUAAACACAUCUCUCCAUAUCUGAUGACAAAAACCUGCUGUUUGUUUAAAGAAAUAUAGUAUAAAUGUUGGACUAUUAAGAAAAAGUGAAAAUGAUAAAACAAUCAGAAUGUAAACCAAGGAUAAUCAACAAAACUAUGCCAUAAUUAGCUUACAAACAGAGCAAUUGUAUUACUACGUUUCUGCAGAUUUACAGAGCUAUUCUACUUAAUAUAUAUUCAGUUCACCAAAGCCAAACGUAUUAUCAAAUAUACCAUCGCAAUAUUUACAUGCUUACCUCGAAAAUUGCUAACAGGCAAGAUUUCACCAAUGCCUCGUUUCCACUGAGCGGAUCGGUUCGGUACGGGACGCUAUUUUGAGUGUUUCCAUUAUGAAAGUGGCCCAUACAACCGAACCGUACCGUACCAUUCAGGGUCCGGCUUCAGAUGUAGGGCCAUAGGAAAUGGUACGGUACGGAUAGGGUGGAGCUACUAUACAAUCCAUUGAUUGGAUGACACGCUAGGCAUUUUUUCUAAACCCCGCAUGGACCCUGAAGGUCUGACUUGCAGUUGAAACACUCACCUGAAUAGGCUGGACCAUUCUAAACGUUCCACACUGUACCAACCCGAACCGAUCCGCUAAGUAACAUACAAGAUCCAGCGCACUCGCUCAUUCACUAAACAGUCAUUUCAACUCACACAGUUUGUAAUAGUUUUUGGCUAGAUGAAGUGUUUUUAUAUAAAAUUAUUACAUUUUGUGAGACUUGGAAUUGCUGUUUAGUGAAUGAGCGAGUGUGCUGGAUCUUGUAUGCUGUAUACGUGUAAAUAUCUAUCUAUCAUUAAUGGAAGUGGUCAGGAGUUGGCUUUCUUACAGUGGACAUUGUAUCUAUUCCUUUAUUAUGAAACAUAGUUCUCCUUCAAAUCCCCUCUUUCUGGUGUCAAGGUAAAGAUGAUAUGUUAUAUUAUGCAUCAUGUGCUAAAAACUAUUAAAUCAUAUCUUUACCAUCAAUCAUUUAUAUGUGCAUUCAUUAAAUGGCAUUUUAUUUAUACAUAGCAUAGCCUGAUAAACGCGGGUCGCAAACAUAGCCCGAUUACACAUUGGACGCAAGCAUAGCCCGACUAAACACUGAUCGCAAGCAUAGCCUGACUAAACACUAGUCGUAAGGAUAGCCUGAUUACGCACUGAUCGUAAACAUUGCCUGAUUACACAUUGGACGCAAGCAUAGCCCGACUAAACACUAGUCGCAAGCAUAGCCUGAUUACGCACUGAUUGCAAACAUAGCCCGAUUACACAUUGGACGCAAGCAUAGCCCGACUAAACACUAGUCGUAAGGAUAGCCUGAUUACGCACUGAUCGUAAACAUUGCCUGAUUACACAUUGGACGCAAGCAUAGCCUGACUAAACACUGGUCGCAAGCAUAGCCUGAUUACACAUAGCCAUAGCCCGAUUACACACUGGUCUGACUAUAUAUAAAUAUACAUAUUAUAUCUGUAUCUAGUGAAAAUAGGAGUCUUAUCCCCUUAGUGAUCAGACCAGUUUUCAAUUUUCUUAUCAUUAAGGACCAGAGUUGUUUUUACAUUUCUGCAGUGUUUGUGUUUAGCUGUAAUUUUCCUCUUACUCAUUUACUGUAUCCACACAUAUUAUAUACUGUUUUUCCAUUAUUUUCAUCUCAUCAUAUAAUUUACUAUAAAAAGAAUUCUAAAAUAUGAUGACAUUUUUUUUAAAAUACACACUUUUUCUAACUUUGAGCCCCAAGAUCUGUUGCGCAUCUACAACCGCCAAAAAACACCCAUGCUAAAUAAUAACACACCGAACUGUAAUAAUACAAUAAGCUGUGUGAUAAAGUGAAGGCAGAUAGGCCUUUUAACCCCAGGGGGAGUAUGUGUAGGAUGUGUUGUAGGCAACACAAAGCAUUGUUUAGUUAUGGGCCCCUGGGGUGGAGCAUUUGGAGAGAAGGGUGGGCCAAUGCUCCACUCCACAGUUUAGUGGUUUUCUGGGGAGGCAUGGAUCCAGGCCAGGGUUUUUUGGAUCGUCUCCAACCCACUGCUCAGCUGCAGUUAAUGAGCUAUUGCAGUGGGAAUAAACUCCUCCCUGCUAGGCAGGUAAAGGAAAGGGAUUGCUGGCUUCCUCCCAGGAAGCAGGUAGGAGAGAGAGGCUGUUCUCUCCAGAUAGAGUCAAUGAGACUAGGCACUGGGAGUGCAGAAAGGAAAGCAGUCAGGGCAAGGCUGGCUUGGAGCACUGGGAGUGCAGAAAGGAAGCAGUCAGGGCAAGGCUGGCUUGGAGCACUGGGAGUGCGGAAAGGAAAGCAGUCAGGGCAAGGCUGGCUUGGAGCACUGGGAGUGCAGGAAAGGAACGCAACAGGCUAGCCAGCAGAGUGUUGCUAACUAAUAAGGUUGGUGCCAUAUGUUUUGUUAGUUUAACCCUGAUAGAGAGGGACGUUCAUGUCAGUUAGUGCUCAGACUGAGCUAGGUUUUUGUUUAUAGGGUUUUGUGUCACAUUUAUGUUUUAAUUUACUGCUGUAUCCUGUGUGGAUUUAACAAUAAAGUGCCUGAGUAUAUGCAAUUACAAGGACUGUGCAUGUUUUUACCCUAGAGGGCCGUGCUACCUGCGAACAAGGAUCACAGCUGUAAUAAUACAAUGAGCUGUUAUAAUACAAUGAGCUGUUAUAAUACAAUGAGCUGUUAUAAUACAAUAAGCUGUAAUAAUACACUGAGCUGUAAUAAUACACUGAGCUGUAAUAAUACAAUAAGCUGUAAUACUACACUGAGCUGUAAUACUACAAUAAGCUGUAAUACUACAAUAAGCUGUAAUACUACACUGAGCUGUAAUACUACACUGAGCUGUAAUACUACACUGAGCUGUAAUAAUACACUGAGCUGUAAUAAUACAAUAAGCUGUAGUAAUACACUGAGCUGUAAUUAUAUAUCAGUGGUUAUGGUGCUUUGAGUUCCUCUUAAAUUCUCAUUUGUUUAGAUUCAUUACUGAGUCUCAUUAAAGUGAAACUAAAAGAAUAAUUCUUGGAUGAAAAUCAAGGACACAGUGAGAAAACACCCUCUGCAAACAAACACUGUAUGAAAGCCAAUGCUACACCAGCCACAGUUAAUCUAUUUAUACAAAUGUCUGAUUAUUCACAAUCCCCACCAGCUUUGCUUUCCCUGAUCCUUUCAUUGUCUGCGCUGUGUGUUUGUACGGCACGGUCAGUACAUCGGGUGAGGUGUGCAGUAAUAUAAAUAAUUCUAUUAUUAGGAUAAAGAAUUAGCCUAAAGCUUUAAAGGGACAUUCCACAAACAGAAAACACUUCACUCCAGAAACAUAGUAUUUCACUCAACAAACCUAAAACAUUUUAGUGUACAUAUUAGAUUGUCCCCCCAUGGUAGGUGUUAAUAAGUGUACAUAUUAGAUUGUCCCCCCCAUGGUAGGUGUUAAUAAGUGUACAUAUUAGAUUGUCCCCCCCAUGGUAGAUGUUAAUAAGUGUACAUAUUAGAUUGUCCCCCCCAUGGUAGAUGUUAAUAAGUGUACAUAUUAGAUUGUCCCCCCCAUGGUAGAUGUUAAUAAGUGUACAUAUUAGAUUGUCCCCCCCAUGGUAGAUGUUAAUAAGUGUACAUAUUAGAUUGUCCCCCCCAUGGUAGAUGUUAAUAAGUGUACAUAUUAGAUUGUCCCCAUGGUAGAUGUUAAUAAGUGUACAUAUUAGAUUGUCCCCAUGGUAGAUGUUAAUAAGUGUACAUAUUAGAUUGUCCCCCCAUGGUAGAUGUUAAUAAGUGUACAUAUUAGAUUGUCCCCAUGGUAGAUGUUAAUAAGUGUACAUAUUAGAUUGUCCCCCAUGGUAGAUGUUAAUACCAUCUGUAGAUAUUCCACCGACACUCUGUCUUUUCCUGAGAACAUUUUGUGUUAGUUAUUGUUCUGUAAACAUGUUCUAGAUUAACUGCAUUAGCCUUCCUAGAAAGCUUCUAUCAUGUUUUAUUUUUUUUUUUUGCUAUUUUUUUUAUUUCAAAGGAUUAAUACUCACUACUUGGAUAUGUAACAAAAUCUCUACAUUAUCAGUUUUUACCAGAUCCAGACAAGCCUUUAAUCUAGUUGGUGCUUCCUUCUAGUUAGCCGGUUUUGAUCUGUAUUUUCUUUUUUUUUUUUUUUUAUGGAUAAGAUUUUCAUUUUGGAACAAAGUAGUAGGUAUGAGAAAGGGACACGCGGGUCCUCAGAUAUGAUAAGUAAAAGAAACAGUUAAAAAACAAACCACAAAAAAAUGGAAAAACGAUUUUGUUAGCAACGUAGAUCAAAAAUAAGGUGCAUAAACUGAAAUGUGGAUUAUAAGAUAAAAUAUAUCAAAGCCCUGUAAAAAAAACAUGAAUUAACAUAUCCGUUAAAACAGAUAAACCGUAUGUGAAUGGUGGGCAUCCUUGGGUCCUGACGUGGAUAUACAUCAUUAACCCAAACAUCAUCGUAACUUACUAAGCCGAGGGACAGGGGACAGUCUUAGCUCCCUCUAACACAGGUGCAACUAGUGAAAAGCAAAAGGUUUAGGGAUCAAACGAACCGCAUCCCAGGGAUCCAAUAGUAUGCAAUGUAAAAACACAAGUUAAAAAAAAACAUUAAAGAGCUAUGCCUUGAAAUACUGGGAACACACUGCUGACCAGUGGCCCGAAACCCUCUCAAAUGGGAGUCCAACCCUCUAAGCAUCACCUCUGUCCUCUCCCGCAUCUCCUGUCAGGCAAUCAUACGUCAGUAACCCCUCAAAGUCAGCUUUAAAAACUACAGUCAACCAAUGAGUCCAUGUCUCUGAAAAUGCCUGUAUGCGGCCCUGGGCCGAGAAUGUAAAUUCCUCUAGACGUCGUAAGUCUUCCAUUUAGUCAAACCACAAGGUAAGGGGUGAGGGGACAUUCUUUUUUCCAGUCUAGGGGUAUAACUUGUUUUGCAGUGUUUAGUAUCUGAAUAGACAGAGAUUUGGUGUGGUGCAAAAGGAGUGGAGCAGGUCAGAAAGGAGGAGGGUUGUAGCCGUAGACUGGUUACCUCUGUUAAUUCCUUCCGUCAGCCACUCUGGAACCAUUAAAGCAUACAGACAUCCAUUCCCCCAGUAAUCAGACAAAACAUAGUUCUCGGAAUCAACUGCUUUUAUUUUGGUCACACACGUCUUUUAUGCACAGACGCCUACGUGGGGUCUCCAAUACAGGGCUUUUCCUCCCAAGAUCCUCUACAGAAAAAUAAACAAUAUUCUAAAACACCCCAAAAAUAAAUUGUAAUAACUUCGGGACCCCACGAAAGUAAUAUAACUGAAUAGCUUGGAACUGAGCGCACACUUUGCGAAAAUAUCACUGAGAUCCCUUUUAUUGGUUUCUUUCCUUUAGAGCUAGUACAUGAGCGCAGUGGGUGGGAAGGCAAAAAAAGAACAAGUGCCGAUAUGCAAGGUAGAGGCAUGAGAGCCCUCCCCCACUGCGUCUCUCAUCUGGGGAAGGUGUCACGGCAAGGGUACACAAUUCAUUGUUGCACUAUAGAAUAUUGCCACUUUAAUGUAAUUUGUGUAGUGCAUAUAUGAACUGGCUGCCUGGUAGAGGUGGUAUUGUCAAUUUCAAAAGGGGUUAAUUUUAUUGUAUGGGAGGCCAGAGCUUACAAUCUAACUUCCUCUUUGAAGCUGGGACCCCAAUUUAGCUAUUCUGUAUGGUGUGAGAAGUCACACAUAAGUGGCCUGGAAGUCUGAUUUCAGUAUAAACUAACUCUCUCAGUUGCCAUAUAUCUUGAUUCCCUCUUAGAUAAGGAGUCCUUUGAUAUGAAUGGUCAUUAGCUUUCAAGAACAAGUUCUGUGAUCCAAUAUCAUAUCCAAAAGAGACAUCAAUACAUACCCACAGAUUAAUAAUCAAGCCUCAUCUUUAUCAUAUUUAGAAUGGGACAAACACAAUCUUCUAAUUAAGCCUAAACACGAUUUGCAAACAAGGGGACCACACAAAGUUGGUUUGGUAAACGGACGAGGGGUUACGGACAUCCAAACAAAGGGAAUAAAAGUGUAGUUAGGUCCUCUAACCUAUUGCCGUUUCCCAAUUGCCCUGAAACGAAGGGGGUGGAGGGUUCUAACCUGUAUUUUCUAUACUAUAUCCCAGUCAAUUUACACAGAUUAAAACCUGAUCCAGAUUUGCAUUUUUUUCAUUUUGCAUUUUAUUGCCUUCAACAGUAUUAAUAUUUAGUGGUUUGUAAUAUAUUCCUACAAACGUAUUGUUCUUCCACAUGUUUAUAAUUAUCAUUAUUACUUAAAUUGUUGGUUUUAAUUCAAAUUUUAUUUAUAAGCAAUACCAAAAAAUGUUUUGUAGGUGCCACAUUAAGUGGAAAGUUAUAUGUCUGUGUAUAAAACACUCAAAUAAUAUAAAUGAUGAUGUCUAUGUUUAUAGAACAACACUUAAAGUGCAUAUAAUAUUCACACAUAUAAUGUUAGUUACCUUGUAAAUGUUGGAUUCAUAAAAAGAAGAGAUAAGAAAUGAAAGUAAAUAGUGUAGUCAGCCUAGUAAUAAAAAAAAAUAAAAAAAAUAGCAAAAGGAAACUUGUGCAAAUAUAACCCAGGCCAAAGGCCCUCGACCUCCUGAAUAGUCAGUCCUGAUGGUUGGCCCACAAUAAUCUUCUUUGUUGAACUAAGAAUCUUACCUGCAAUCUUCCAGCCAAUAUCCAAGUUAAUGGAAAUUAAACCCAAUAAUAGCUCGUUCAAUGUGUUACAUUUACACAACUUCCUCAAGAGACAUAGAAUGCUUCUGUGCAAUGUCUGGAAUUACUGGGAAGAACUGGGGAUAUGACUUUGUUUUAUGAAAUUCUGAUAUACAUAAUAUAUAUAAACAUUGUAAAAUGUGUGAAGAAACCUAUUGUUAUGCUACCAGGGUUUUUAGAAUUGGAACUCAACUGCAGCUUGUAGAUCUCCUUAAUUACAAUAGUGAAGAAACGGAGAAUCUUUAAAUUAUCAAUACUGUAGCUUUAAGAAAAGAGAGGAUUGCUGGCAAUUAGAGAAUCAAACAAAGUUUUAAUGAUUGUGAUAAACUUAAGUGAAAAGCAUAUAGGUAAUAAUUCAAUAAGAAGAAAUUGCUGGUUAUAGCAAACCAUACAAAGUUCAUCAAUUAGUAUUUCCUCAGAGAUGUAUUGAAUAAUAUUCGUUAGGUUGAUAGGAAUAAUCUUCAAUAGAAAUAGUAUGCAGGAAGCAGAGAAUAUUUGCAAAGCAAGAAACAGUUCAUAGUGGUUAAGCUUGAUGGGAGUUAUCCUCAAUGUAAUUAGUGUGUAUGCAGGAGAGAGGAUUUGAGUAAACAAGAAACAGUUCAUUAACAAAUGAGAUUCCAGAUAAUAAAUUGGAAGUUAUACUUAAGAUUAAUGUGAGUUGUCCUCCAAGAGAUCCGUAUUAGAGUCCACUUGUUAAAUGGUAAAGUAAUCCUCUAGCGGAUGAAGCAUAAUUCUUUUAUCUUCAAAGGUUUAGGGAGGCUUGUGAGAGAAGCUUAUGGAACCGGCGUCUAUACCCGGAAGUAGGUCCCACAAUCACCAAGCACUUUCUCUCUGGCGCGGUCUCUCUAAGUAGUGUCAGCGAGCCGCGUCAGAAGGGGGCGGGGCCAGAUCCGCAUAGCGGGAAUGCCGAACCCGGAAGAGAUACCGCAUGACACCUAUGUAUAUGAGAGCUUACAUUCUGAAUAUAAUUAAAUAUCUUAUUUGAUAUUUAAAUUGAUAAAUAAAAACUCAUAUACAGUGUUUCCCCCGAAAAUAAGAUAUCCCCAAAAAUAAGCCCUAGCUUAUUUUCGGGGGAUGCUCAUGACAUAAACCCUACCCUGAAAAUAAGCCCUAGUCCCUAGUUCACUAAUCUAUGUUUGGGGAAGUAUGGAGGAAAGGAAGGAGUAUCGGAGGAUGUUUGGAUUUUCUCUUAUGGCAAUUGCCAAGGUUUUCAGAGCUGGAUUGUAUAGUAGAGGGGGUCGUGGACAUCCUUGUCAGGAGCUGUUGAUUAUUUGAAAGUUCCUAGGUAUAAAGCCUGAAUGCAGAAUAGAGGUGAAGAAGUUGGUGUAUAAUUAUUUGAUGGCAGAUAGGAAAGGGGUUGGAAGGCCAAAAUGUUGUAGAGGGCUGAAAAAGUUGGUUCCAGGGAACCCUAUCAAACUCUUUUUCACUGUCUAGUGAGAGUAAAAGAACUGGAGCUUUGGAUGCCUGUGCAUGCUCAAUGAUAUUGAUACAUUUUUUCAGGUGUUUUUAUUGUCUGUCUACCUGCUGCAAAACCCACCUGGUCAGUGUGUAGGAGGCCAGGGAGAAGUGGUGCCAAUCUGUUUGCCAGAAUAUUUGCGUAUAUUUUUAUGUCCACAUUCUGGCAUACUGUGUUUUUUUUGUGUUUUUUUUUACCUGGUUUUGGCAAUGUAUUUUGUGUGCUAAUCUUUGAGAUUUUUAUCUCCCAUCCUGGCUGGAUUGAGAAUAUUGUGGCUUGGGCCAGAGUAUGUAAAAAGCAUCGCAUUUGCUGCCAGUUUGUCUCUCAGUUUCUGCACUAACAAUUUACCUGUCUUGUUUGAAUGCCCAUAAUAUGCUUGUGAGACAUUGUUACGUUUUGUGCAUUCGUAAUUUUUGGACUGUUUGUUUUAAAAGUGUAUUGCUCUCUACUCCUCUAUAAUUUUCUAUAGAAAAAUGUAAUAUCUACAGAAUCUAUGAAAUUAUGGUAUUUUUAUGCAGUAAAUAUUACAUUGUAAUUUUUAUUGAUAAAAUCAAAGAAUUGUGACAAAUCUUCUUGAUUCCCCUCCCAGAUCAUGAGUAUAUCAUCAAUGUAUCUCCUCCAAAGUACGAGAGUCUCUUUAAACAUGCUUUCUUUUUCUACAUGGUUAUACCUAUUAUCAUUUCUUUAAUUCUUGGCUUUAAUUCAGUUUAUUUUAUAAACAUACCUCUCUCGUUUUAUGUUUAUCUACUCUGAGCAUAUUGAACAGUGCUUCCUGCUUCUUAGCUCUUGGAAUGAGGCUCAAAAAUAGGUCCUGUGUGAUUUUAUUGAGUCAUAUUCAUUAUGUAGCGGGGAAUGUAUUUGUAUUUGUGAUGGAGACUACUUUGACAAAUGGAAGAGUCUAAUUAAGGUGUUUUAUAAAAUGUAUCUUAAUGCUUUCCUCACACUCUUCUCAAAUUACUAUAAAAGGAGGUAGAAUUGGAGGAUUAGAUGGUGUAUCGAGAUGGGAAGACAGGUUCUAUGUGGGUUGCCCUGUCUUUAGUGAAAGAUCUAGACUGGGAACAGUUAUUCUUUAAAGAGAUUCUAGAUUCUUAGAUGUAAAUGGUGUAGUGUGGAUGUCCGUUAUCCUGAGCAGUUGAAAAUCAGGAAGCUUAAGGAAGACAGAACUGAGAGAACCAUCAUCAAGGUAAUAGUUGGUAUAUUGAGAAGGGUUAUAUUCAACACAUUGCCUCAAAACUAAUUCCAGCAGCUUGUUCUUAGUGAACUCUUCAUAACCAAAGGCUAGCGUUUACACAAAAAUUUGCAGUAAAAUAAUCCUAAGGUUCUCUUUUAAUAACUUGAUAAGUGCUAAUAUUUGUAUAGGAAAUAUUUAAAAUGAGAGAUAUCGCAAAAUAUAUUCUCCAAUUACUUUAGUUAAUUAUAACUAAACACUUUUUAUACAAAUAAAUCCAUUUGUCGGAGUAGGAAUUUGAUUAACAUGAGCCUGGUUGUGUCUUUUCAGCUGGUAUUUUGGGUCUUUAAUGAGACUGGAUGCAAAACGAUAUCUUCUGCAGGAGCAGAAUCAGACUGGAUCAUUCAUGGUGUGGAAAAACGAAGAAAUUGGAAGCUAUUACCUUUCUGGUAUGUGACAACCAACUAACUAAUAAAUUCUAGGCUGUAAAACCGACAGGUCAUGAGGGAAGGGGCCUGACACAGUCUUCCUUAACACUUCCUGAAAACGAUUCCUUAAAACAAGAGUCCUGCGCUCAAGUAUAGAAGUAUGUUAUUUUUAUUAGAGUGGUGUAUUUUCUAUAAUUGAGCACAUGGCUAAAGUGGUGUUUUUUUAAAAAUGUAUAUUUUCUUAUCUCCUGCUCUAUCAAUCACCUUCAAUUAAAGAGCAGGAGAUACGAGCUCCUAAAGUAAACACACUGUGCUGUAAGAUCUGAUGGAAAAUGAAACCGUUUUAAUUUUCAUGCAUGCUGUCAGUCACAGUCAGAGGAGGUGUGGCUAGGGCUGCAUAAACAGAAACAAAAGUGAUUUAACUCCUAAAUGGCAGAGAAUUGAUCAAUGAGACUACAGGGAUAUGAUCUAUACACUAAAACUGCUCCAAAGUUUUAUUGGUGACUAUAGAGUCCCUUUAAAUUAUUAAUCUAGCUAAAUUUAACUUCAUAGUAUUCAAUGUAUUCAUAUUUUAACUGGUUGCUUGCUUCAUUAAACUAAAGUUGUUUUGGUGUCCAUUUUAGUACUCUCUAGUAAGGAAAUUAUCCUCCUCAGCAAUUUUUAACAGAUUUUAAGUAAAAUUAUUUCCGAAGCAUAGAUGUCAGACUCACAGGUCUAUAACAUUCACAAUGUGUUCUAGGUUCAUUGUUGUUUGUGUAUAUUUAUACCUGCGAAUGUCCUCAAGUCCAAGAACCAUGUGUUUAAUGUCAACCACAUCCUGCCAUUCACAUAACUCAUCAAAGCACCAGGUAGAUUUGCUUUAAAAGCUACCCAGGACUUUUUAGGUAAAUGGUAAUCUAGGAAAUCGAUUCUGUAUGCCGCUAAAAGAGAUUGCACACUAAGAAAAAUAUAAUUUCUGUCUUCAGUGCGUCUGAACAAAUUGGUGAGACAUUACAAAAUACAACAAUCCACGACCACCUUCUAUCUGGUGCAAAGGGCCUCAUUCAACUCCAUAUUGAAGCUGGUGGAACACUAUCAACUACAGCCUGAUGGACUUUGCACUAAGCUGGAGAGCGCCUGUGUGAAGGUGAGUGUAACCCCUUGGGGUAGGACAGUGGGUCCAUUUUUUUAUUUAUCUGCCAUUAAAGUUAGAGUUUUUCAAACCCACAGGGGGUUGGCACGAGGCCCCAUCAUCUGUAUGUAAUAUGUUCAAAUAGACUGCUAGACCCCUAGAAUGGGGCUAAACAAAAAGCCUCCAUGGGGUGAAUGGGGGGGAUGGGGUAGGUGGAAAACGAUCUGACACAUUUCAUGCUUAAUACAGAUUGGACAAGAUUAGAUUAAUGGGAAGAGCAGAAUGUGAAUUAAUUCAGUAACUUCAUGUUAGAAUACCUUGUUUCUUACACUGAACUUUAAAAAAAAUACAAUAUGUCAUUAGGCUUAUAGAGAGAUACUUAACGAAAAUUAACCAAUAUCGCACAUAGUACACCAGAUUGGGGGGGGCAAGGGGGUUCACAAUCCAACCUCCGUAUUCAAUCGAUAAUGGUUUCUGAAUUUCGACUGGUUUCAUGUGAGUACUUAGAAGCUACAUCAAAACAAGAUUUUGACCGGUGUCUUUCCCUUUUUCCAUAAGCCAUGCCCUCUGCACAUGUUCGCUGAUAUAUUCUAUAAGUUCACUCCCAAUAUUUGUGUGCAGUAACCCAGCAACAUGUGAUCUCAGAGUGUGCCAUGCGCUAUAUGUGUAACUGCAUCUGGUCACCAUACGAGGGGGCAAAGAGUGUACCAAUACACAUUUAUUUAUUCAAAUGAUAAAGAAUUUGGAUAGUAAUUUGAUUGUACAUUAGACAGCCUUAGGCAAGUUAGGACAAGUUUGGUUUUAGGAGGUAGCGCUUUGUGUUCUAAAAACCAAGCCAAAAACUAAACUUGCGCAGUCAAUAUAAAUGUAGUCUUAUAGCGUGUACUCAUAGCAUGUACCAUUAUAUGUUCAUACGUGUAACUAAACCUGUUGAUUGUAUGAGGGCACACGGUCUGCCAACACGCAUUUAUAAUUUGAAUUAAGUGUUUAGUGCGACAACAUGUUUUUUCCCAAAGCAAAAAUGUGCAUGUGAGUAGCCAAGAUAAAGUUAGAAAAUAUGACCAGAGCGGUUAAAUGAUAUGAUAAAAAAUAUUUAUUGGACAGCAAAAGAGGAAAAUAACAUAACAAUCAAUAAGUGCAAACAAUAGGAAAUUUAAUAAAUCCAUAAAUAAAUUUAAAAUCAUAAUAUGGUUUAUACCAAGGCAUAUAACGAAAAAGAAGAAAAACUACCACAACAAGAGGCCAUAGUCUUAAAUUAGAGGGACAAAGGUUUAAAAAUAAUAUCAGGAAGUAUUACUUUACUGAGAGGGUAGUGGAUGCAUGGAAUAGCCUUCCAGCUGAAGUGGUAGAGGUUAACACAGUAAAGGAGUUUAAGCAUGCGUGGGAUAGGCAUAAGGCUAUCCUAACUAUAAGAUAAGACUAGGGACUAAUGAAAGUAUUUAGAAAACUGGGCAGACCAGAUGGGCCGAAUGGUUCUUAUCUGACGUUGCAUUCUAUGUUUCUAUAAUAAUGAAAAAGUAUAAAUAAAUUAAAAGAAGCAUGAUUUUCUAUGCCCCAGAAAAGCAAAGAAAAAAAACUUUAUUCGUUUACAAUAAUUAUUAUUUAUCAUUCAUAAAAUAUUUUACCAGGAUUGAGAUUUCUCUCAUUUUCAAGUAUGUCCUGGGUCCACAAAUCAUUGUAUUGUUACAUUAGGUACAACAAAAUACAAAAACAAUAUUAAUACACAAUAUAUACAAAAUUUAACAUAGAACAGUCAGGAAAUAUAUAAUCAACCAUGACACGUGCAUUCUGUUUUGAGGUAUGUAGAGAGGGAUCUCUUAAAGGAUUUUAGGCUUAGGGAAGAUUUGAAAGUGUGUGGGAGAUUGUUCCAUAAUUGCUGCACUCCGUAGGAAAAGGAGGAUCGGGCUGCUUUCUUUUUGUAUUGAGGUAGACUAAGUAAAGUGCUGGUACUGGAUCGGAGGUUACAGGAGGUGGGAACAGCCGAGGAGAGCAUUCUGCUCAGGUAGGGUGGGAGUUUCCCAGAAUUACCUCAUGAGUUAAUCCUGUUGCAGAUAAAGAAAUAUUUCCUACUGAGCCCCUCUUUUGCAGCGGUGAAUGAGUUGUUUAUGAAGGACUUUUUACAUUUGCGAAUGUAGAUGUAGAUAGUCUCUAUAUGAAGAGUAUCCACCCACAGUAUAAGGGCUGUUCCGUUCAGCCAUGGCCUUCAGGAUCUCGUAGUGUAACUCCCCGAACCAGAUCAAGUGUAUUAAAACCAGGCACAACAAAAAGAGUGGUAAAGGUAAAUACACAAUUACAUUGAAAAUAAAAGUGAGGUGCAAACAAAACAUUGUGUGUCCUACACCUUUAAUGGAACACUAUAGUGUUAGAAACAAAGAUCUGUAUUCCUAGCGUUAUGGUGUCCCUGUACCUAAUUUUGUAGGACCUCCCUCCUCCGUCUGCCACCAGUUGAAACACUUUUUCACUUGCCCUAAUUCCAGUCACAGCGAUAGAGGGACCUAAUGAGCAUGCGCGGUUCUUGCUGGAGUGCAAUACACCUUUCCCAUAGGAGAUCAUUGAAUCAAUGUUUUCAUAUAAUUAAUAAUUACAAUUAUUUAUACCAGUGGUAGUCAGCCUUUUUCUAUCUGCCGCCCACUAAUGCAUCUCUCUUGAUGGAAAAAUCUCCUUACCGCCCACCAGUUUUCGCGCAAGUGCGGAAUAUUUUUUUAGAAAGGGUGUUUUAAAAAAAAUAAAUGUACGUACAUUUAUCUUUUUAUUUCUACUUAAUGCAUGUUUAUAAUGUUUUUAACUUUAUAAAGUUUAAUUGGAAAACAAUAAAGUAAAUUGAAAUUACCUUUACUGGUGAUUAAUGAGAUCCUUGAGGCUGAUAUCUGGUUCGAUUUUCGUAAGGAACAAACGAAGGUCUCCUCUCUCGGUGAUAUUCAGACGACUUCUCUGUUUGCGCAUAAUAUGAUUUCUCAUCUGUGCGUCAGCUCCCCUCCACUCCCUCCUCAAUUCCCCUCCCCACCUUUUUUUUCUCCCUUUUUUCUAUUUUUUAACCUUCCUUAUAGCAAUGCCCAGUAGGAAGGCCUAGCUAGGUAGCCCACUUACUAUAGCCCACUAUAACAGACAGGCACACAUACAUACACACACACACACACACAUAAAAAGACAUACAUACAAACAGACAGGCACACAUACAUACAGACACACAGACAGGCACACAUACAUACAGACACACAGAGAGGCACACAUACAUACAUACAGAAAAACAGACAGGCACACAUACAGACACACACACAAGACACAUACAUACAGACAGGCACACAUACAUACAGACAGGCACACAUACAUACAGACACACGCAAACAUACAUACAGACACACACAUACAUAGAAACAGACAGGUACACAUACAUACAGACAUACACAGAAACAGACAGGUACACAUAAGACACACAUAGACACGUACACACAUACAGACACACAAGACACACAUACAAAGACACACAUACAUACAAAGACAAGACACACAUACAUACACACAUAUAUACAGAUAGACACACACAAGACAUACAUACAUAGACACACACAUAGAGACACACACACACACACGACAUACAUACAAAGACACAUACACACAAACAAACACACACAAAAUAUUUUAGUCACCCUCCUGUUUCCUACCUUCUAGGUGCAGGAGGGUGACUUUCCCUGGGGUCCAGUGGUGGCUCAGGUGGAUGGGAGUUCCUACUCUGACUCCCUGGUCUUCCUCCCGCGCGGUCUGUUUGUUAGCUGGGAGGAGUGAGUGCAGUCACUUCCUCCCAGCGUGUGAUGUAUAAUAGGGGGCCCAGUCGCGCUGUUAAAGCGCACAGCACUGACCGGGCCUCCUCUCAAUCCACAUCCAUCGGGUGGCCCUGACAGCUUGGGCCACCCGAUGGACACCUUGGGUGGCGGCCCCGGCGGUUUACCACGCGGGCCGCAAAUGGUGACGGCGGUACCCGGUCGCAGGGGUACUGCUGGCUCGCACCCGCCCUCCCGCCCACCCAAUCUCUGAAAUCCCUACCGCCCACCUGGAAUCCUGAAACGCCCACUAGUGGGCAGUAGGGACCAGGUUGACGACCCAUGAUUUAUACAAUGCUAACAAAUUCUGCAGCGCUGUACGGUUGAUACAGCAAGACAAACAAUGAAUUCCAGAAAAACACGUUUGACAUACAAGAACAGUAGGCGAAGAGGGCUCUUCCCAAGCAAGUUUACAAUCUAUAAUGAUAAGGGAGAAAUAUAGCGGGAAGCGUGUGAUAUAAGUGAAAGGUGUGCUGUAUGGUGAAUCUUCUCUUUUUGCUCAACAUUCAUCAACCACUGUACAAAACAGUGGCGGAUCCAGAGCCUGAUCUCGGGGGGGGCACUUGUAGAUUAUUUAAACAAAAUAAUCCAGACACAAUAACCACUACAGCUCAGUGUAGUGGUUAUGAUGUCAAUAGUGUGGCAAACCUAGCCACUUCAGAUUAUAUGGCUGUGAUGUGACUUUAAAGGUUGUCCGGAACACUGCUGCACUACGAUGUUUAAAUGUAUUCUGCUUACUGUGUUUAAAUGUAUGCUUGCAUGUAUAACCUAUAGCAUUCGUAUGCUAGCAGCCGAAAGCCGCUAGCAUUCACAUGGUUGUUUCACGAACAGCAACUUUACCGGCUGUUCGUGAAACGAACCAAGUACCGAACCAGAGCCCACACACAGAGGGUCGUGUGGCUCCAAUUAACGGAUUGCAACAUUGUUGCAAUCGGUAGUUAAGUGCUUUCCUGGGUUGUCGUCGUUCGACUACCGACCACACGUCAGGCGGCCAUCUUGGAUCCUGUGUUAGCUCAGCGGUGUUUGGUUCGUCGAGCGCCUGGAACUAAAAUCGUCUACUCGACGGCGCGAACACCGCUGGGCUUCCGGGCCGUUCGGGAGCUCCGGUCUUUUAGUGUUGGGUUCCCCAAUCGGUGUUCGGUACUUUUAGAUGAAUGUAAUAUAAAGUGUGUUUUCGUGUGCCGUUCGGUUAUUUAAGCUGUGAUCUGAGCGGUACUCGCACGAAGGAGGCGCUCAGACCCCAGCUAUCUACCGAACGGUCAUUCGUGUUAAUCACACGAAUAAAGCAAAAUUUAUGGAUUUUUAUGUUAAAAGCCGGUUCUGCUGUACGGAGGGAUAAUACACUUAACAGGAUAUUCCAGUGGGAGUAUCCCUCUCGUACAGCGGUGCAUGGUGGGAGAAAUGCUCCGUGAUUUAAGUUUCCCAUGUAGUCCACUCCUGUAAUACCCCUGUGAUGUGACUCAGGAAACCCCUUGCAUGGGGAAUUGCAUAAAUACUGGAGCAUGUGAAUAAAGACUCUAAGUUGACUAGCUUAUCUGUGGACUUAUGACCUUCUUCAAAGCUAGGUUAUCCCUGUGCUUUAACUGAAAUACUAGUUUCCGCUCGUGGCAUUGGAAAUGGCAUGGAGUGUUUAGGCAGUAAGUGGGAGUUUGCCCAUUUAAUUAGCCCCGUCUUGUGACACUGGUUGCCUGAGAUGGCAUAAAGGGCCAUGCUGUUAUGGGGUAGCGUAGUCAGAGUGGCCAACGCACGGACGCAAAGAAAGUUGUUGGUAACGCCAACGGUACUGCCUGGAACAUGUAUAAUAGCCGUGGCAAGAUGUGACGAGACCAAUCUCGCCACUGUGCAUUGGAGGAGCCUGGUUGCCCGCCUGCUGCCUUUAGAGUAUGGCCCCAUGUUGAAACACUUGAUUUUCCCCUGAGAAGACACGAAAGCCGGGUCAUUCGGUGCUUGCCCUGUUUGAGCGGUGAUACCCCAGAUAGCUAUGCCACGGAGCCCAUUCGUAUAAUGAAAAACUAUGGGAAAGACUUUGGCUUGUUAAAGAGAAAGGGAUGGAAUCCAAGUUGUGAAAGUAAGGGGUCAAUGGUCAUUGCGACUUGUUAGGGUCAGUGUCCGUCUCGCUAUUGUAGCAGUGUGUCUGACUGCUCAGAUCUAAUGCUAUAGGGACAGAUAACUUGUUGCAAGUUAUCUUGACUUUGUGAUGGCAUCAUUGGCAUACUGGUUUAGCCUGUUAUAUAUAAGAGAGAUUAUUUUGAUGGUAGGUAUCUAUGUGGGAGAGAGAGAGGGGUGGGAGCUUGAUGCUCCCAAUGUAAGGCCUUUCUAAUAGCUUAGUCCAACCCAUGUGUGACUUAGUCAUGUUCGGGGUCAUAUCCUUACUGACCGUGUCACAUAUGAUUGUGUCUUGUACGGUAUAUCCACAUCUCCCCUCUCUCUAGGGUUGUGUGUUCUCCCUCUAUGUCUUAUCUCCCCCUCACUUAGGGGUGCGUCCACAAAAGGAAGAUAUUCCCUAUAGGGUGGUGCCCACUUAAAGUGGGUUUAUUACACUAUGAGGAAGUAAACCUAGGAAGAUCAUUGUGCAGGUUCAAGAGUGAGGUAGGAAAUGAAGAAAGGGGAAAGGAGAGCAAUGAAGUCAAAGGCUAGGGGCGUCUCCGCAGGUCACUGAGGUCGUGCCUCUCCCCGGUCCGCUCACGCCUACCCUUCCUCUCAGUUCUGUCCCCGUGUCCCACGUGAAAAUCAAACCAGGGGCGCCACAUCUCAGCAUGUCACGCAUCCGCACCAGUUAGUAAAGCUUGGAUCGAUUCUGCUGACUGAAUGUCUUCUAUUCUGUCACACCAUUGCUCAAGUGUGGAUGCACUUGUUUGAUUCCAGAGGGCAGGCACCAGUGCUUUAGCAGCGUUGAGAAGCUGUCUCAAAAUGGACAAUUUGUAUCUAGAGAUUGGUAGGGAAGUAGAAUGUAAAAGUGCUUGUUCUAUCGUGAGCCUGGGCAUUUCACCCAGUAUAUCCUCUAUUUUGGCAAUGAUCGUAUCCCAGAAAGGUACUAUGUGAGAACAAUCCCACCAGAUAUGUCUAGUCGUUCCAGCUCCAUCUCCGAAUCUCCAAACUGUGUUUGAGACAUCUGGGAAUAUUAGAUGUAGUAGUUCUGGAGUUUUGUACCACGACGAGAGGAGCUUAAAGUUCACUUCAUAGUAUAAGUUAAUGGGAUCAGAAUUUUUUUCCCACUGGGCGUCCUCGAACGUGGUGCCUGUGAUAUGUUCCCAUUGUCUUUAGAAGGUGUGGUGGUUCUGCAGAUUCCCAGUCAGCAAAUAUUGGUAUAGCGUUGAAAUUGCUUUGUCCAGGGCAGAUUGGCUGUCGCAAAACCCCUCGUUCAAUGUUUGGUUCCUGUGUACUGCAGCCCUGUCUGGGAUCGAGCUGUAGAAGUGUUGGAGCUGUGAAUAGCAGCAGGAUUGUAGUUGUAUCAGUGUGGAGUCACCUGUCAAGUCGACAAGACUCUUCAGUCCAGUGGCAGUUAGCACUUUCCCUCCGUCCAGGAAUUCCCAGGCUCUUGGGGGUAGUUCUCCUCCCACAAAUUCAUUGUGAGUCAGCAAGAUCAUUGGGCUAGGAGUCGGUGAGACAUGGGGAGAUCGUCUAAUGGAUACCCACGUCUUCAGUAUUUGUGUUGUUGGUGAGAAUGUGUCAUCUCCCUUGGUGUGCCCAUUCUUGCUAUGCGUGAUGCGGCAUUCAUCCCUCCCUGCAGAGUGAUCCACAGCUUCUGAGGUGGUUUGGAGUGCCAUUCCAAAAUCCUUUGUAGGGUUGUCGCAUGGGGGUAUUUGCAGAAAUGCGCGAGAGCCAAUCCCCCUCAGCAGCGAGGCAGGCAUAGGAGUUCGUGAUGCACUUGGGUCUGGUACCCUUCCAUACGAAUAUCAGAGUGGCCAACGCACAGACGCAAAGAAAGUUGUUGGUAACGCAACGGUACUGCCUGGAACAUGUAUAAUAGCCGUGGCAAGAUGUGACGAGACCAAUCUCGCCACUGUGCAUUGGAGGAGCCUGGUUGCCCGCCUGCUGCCUUUAGAGUAUGGCCCCAUGUUGAAACACUUGAUUUUCCCCUGAGAAGACACGAAAGCCGGGUCAUUCGGUGCUUGCCCUGUUUGAGCGGUGAUACCCCAGAUAGCUAUGCCACGGAGCCCAUUCGUAUAAUGAAAAACUAUGGGAAAGACUUUGGCUCCAUGGCAAUUGAACUGUAUGUGUGUGAUCUGAGUGUCAUUCAGUAAUAAUGUGCGCUCAGAUCUGAGCUAUCUGGGGAUAUGUUGAAUGUACAUGUUUUAUGCAUUAGCUGCACAGUUAUAUAUUUGUAUGUAUUUUAUUACCUUUUGUUGCCAUGUGUUCAAUGGAGUUUUGCCUCUGUCCUUGGAGAUCAUUGGAUUACUUCCCAAUUAUCUCUAGGUUAGAAGACUCUGUGGAACUGGUUUUGGGCAGAAAAGCCAUGCUUCAUAUGGUCACAAAGGACUUCGAUCUAUCUUUUGAACCAAUGGACCAAUUUGUAUGAUUUUGGCGUAUGUUUGUAUUUGAUGCUGAUUCUGAAAAUGUAAGUUUUAUGUGAAUGUGAUGCAUACUUUAUGCUGUUCCAGUUCGACUGCUAGGAGUGUAAACCUUUCGUAUGGUUUUUCCUAUUCGACCGUUUACAGCAUGCGUAUGUUUGAGAGCAUUCGAAUGCUUCUCCCGUUCGGCGGAUUGGUGUCUUUGGUACUGCCUGUAUAUCUGGAACGGGAAUAUCUCCUAAACGGCUUUUAACCCCUUUUAUGCCUGGGGGUGCCGUUACACUUAGCAUGACUUGGACAACACCACCUCCUUACCCAUUAAAGGGACAUUGUAAGCACCCAGACCACUUCAGCCCAUUGAAGUGGUCUGGGUACCAACUCCCAUAACCCUUAACCCUGCAGUGGUAAUUAUUGCAGUUUUUAUAAACUGCUAUAAUUACCUUGCAGGGUUAAGCCCUGCUCUAGUGGCUGUCUACCAGACAGCCACCAGAGGGAAUUCCGGGUUCUUAAAAGACUUUUUAACACUAUGCAUGAGGACUUCCAGCGUUGCCAGAAUCCCCACAGAAAAGCAUUGAAUAAUGUAUUCCUAUGAUGAGAGCCUAAUGCAGCCGGCGGUGGGGGGAGGAACGUGGGCAGAGCUGAGCCAGUGCUGUGGGACAUCAGCACUGGACCAAGCGCCGCAGCGGGAGAGGGCCUUGACAGAAGGGGAAGCUACAGUGCCAGGAAAAUGACUUUGCUUUCCUGACACUAUUGUUUACCAUUAAAGAGACUCUCCAGUGCCAGGAAAACAAUCCGUUUUCCUGGCACUGCAGGUCCCCUCUCCCUCCCACCUCCCAAUCCCUGGUUGCUGAAGGGGUAAAAAUCCCUUCAGUCACUUACCUGAGACCCCUGCCGAUGUCCCUUGGUGGUGGUUUCGGGUCGCCACCGCUCUUCCUCUUCAUUACGUCGGCCGAUGGGCGAGACUGAUCCCGGCCGGGAAGACCUAAUGCGCAUGCGCAUUAGAACUCUCCCUAGGAAAGCAUUGAAAAUGCUUUUCAAUGCUUUCCUAUGGGGAAUUGACCGACGCUGGAGGUCCUCACACAGCGUAAGGAAGUCCAGCUAACCUCUAGCACAGAAAAUAUGUGCUAUAGACACGGAAGUGCCCUCUAGUGGCUGUCUAGUAGACAGCCACUAGAGGUGGAGUUAAUCCUUCAAGGUAAUUAUUGCAGUUUAUAAAAAAAGUGCAAUAAUUACACUUGCAGGGUUAAGGGUAGUGGGAGUUGGCACCCAGACCACUCCAAUGGGCAGAAGUGGUCUGGGUGCCUGGAGUGUCCCUUUAAGUUUGGUUGUCCAUUGUCUAAAUUAAUCCAUGUAUUUCUAACAUUAGAGUGUUCCUUUAAAGUUUUCAAGGUUGGCAUUUUUGGUAUAGUGUGUUAUCAGUUUUGCUAUGACAUUUGUGGGAUAGGCAUAAGGUUAUCUUAACUAUAAGAUAAGGCCAGGGACUAAUGAAAGUAUUUAGAAAAUUGGGCAGACUAGAUGGGCCGAAUGGUUCUUAUCUGCCGUCACAUUCUAUGUUUCUUUUUUUUUUUCUAUUUUGACAUAACGUUGCUCAUUUGUCCUUUAAAGGGACACUAUAGUCACCAAAAAAACUUUAGCUUAAUUAAGUAGUUUUGGUGUAUAGAUCUUGCCCCUGAAGUCUCACUGCUCAAUUUUCUGCCAUUUAGAAGUUAAACCAUUUUGUUUAUGCUGUCUUAGUGACACCUCCCUGCAUGUGACUUACACAGCCUUUAUAAACACUUCCUGUAAAGAGAGAUCUAAUGUUUAUACUUCCUUUAUUGCAAAUUUUGUUUAAUGUAGAUUUGCUUAUCUCCUGCUGUGUUAGUAGCUUGCUAGACCUUGCAGAAGCCUCCUGUAUGUAAUUAAAGCAAAAUUUACACUGCAGGAGAUAAAAUCUUUUGAAGUUAGUUGCAUCUGAAAAUGAAAUCAUUUUUUUCAUGCCAUCUGUGUCAGUCACAGCCAGGGAAGGUGUGGCUAGGGCUGCAUAAACAGUGGCAGAGCAUUGAGCAGUGAAACCUCAGAGGCAUGAUCUAUACACCAAAUCUGCUUCAUUAAGCUAAAGUUAUUUUGGUGACUAUAGUGUCCCUUUAUAGUGUUUUAAUUGAUCAACCAGGAAUUGUUUGCUUGUGGGUGGUGAUGUUUCCACAGCUCAUCAGCUCAGGGGAAGUGUUUGCUGUGUUAGUUCUCCUCGGGGAUAUUGGUUAAUUCAUUUUGCAGUUAUCAUUGAUAAGUGUCUGAUGGUUCCAUUAAUGUCGAUAAAUCUGCUUAAAAAUUUAAGUAAUGGGCCUUUUUUUUGCAGAACCACAAAAGCAAAAAAAUAAGUUGAAAAGUAUCAUAAAGGUGUGAUUGUGAUUCUAUCAAUAUCAUUAAUGGCUUACUGACAGUUGUUAAUAUGUUUUCCUGUAGCUGGAUCUUCCUUCAUUGGGAUCUCUUUCUCACGACACUAAGAUAGACAACCUGGAGAUAAAUCCAAACACCAUCAAGAAGAUAAGGACAUUGGGCAGAGGGAGCUUUGGAGAAGUGUACCUGGCCCUGUGGAAUGAAACCACUGAGGUGGCAAUUAAAGAACUCAAAGGUGACAAACCUCACAACAUCUUACAAGUUAUAUAGCGAGAGCUACGACUGGGAUUGUGUUAGAACUAGGGAUAGAGACAGGGCUGGGAUCGUGUUAGAACUAGGGUUGGAGACAGGGCUGGGAUUGUAUUAGAGCUAGGGUUAGCGAUAGGGCUGGGAUUGUGUUAGAGCUAGGGUUAGCGACAGGGCUGAGAUUGUAUUAGCGCUAGGUUAGAGAUAGGGCUGGGAUUGUAUUAGAGCUAGGGUUAGAGAUAGGGCUGGGAUUUUGUUAGAGCUAGGGUUAGAGAUAGGGCUGGGAUUUUGUUAGAGCUAGGGUUAGAGAUAGGGCUGGGAUUAUGUUAGAGCUAGGGUUAGCGAUAGGGCUGGGAUCGUGUUAGAGCUUGGGUUAGAGAUAGGGCUGGGAUUGUAUUAGAGCUGGGAUUGUGUUAGAGCUAGAGUUAGAGAUAUGACUGGGUUUGUAUUAGAGCUGGGAUUAUAUUAGAGUUGGGUUAGAGAUAGGGCUGGAAUUGUAUUAGAGCUAGGGUUAGAGAUAGGGCUGGGAUUGUAUUAGAGCUAGGGUUAGAGAUAGGGCUGGGAUUGUAUUAGAGCUAGGGAUAGAGACAGGGCUGGGAUCGUGUUAGAGCUAGGGUUAGAGAUAAGGCUGGGAUUGGUAUUGAGUAUAAGAGCUGGGUUUAUAGCUAGGUUAGCGAUAGGGCUAUUAGCUUAGGGUUAGAGAGAUAGGGCUGGGAUUGUAUUAGAGCUUAGGGUUAGAGAUAGGCUGACGGUUAGAGCUUGUGGGUUAGAGAUAGGCUGGGAUUAUGUUGUGAGCUAGGGUUACAUAGGGCUGGAUCGUAUGAAGCUUCAGUUGAAGAGAUACAGGGCUGGGAUUGUAUUAGAGCCAGGGCUAGAGAUAGUGGGCUGGGACUGUAUUGUUAGGGUUAGAGAUGUGGGCUGACUUUGUUAGAGCUAGGUUGAGAUAGGGUUGGAUUAUGUUAGAGCUAGGGGUUAGCGAUAGGGCUGGGAUCGUGUUAGAGCUUGGGUUAGAGAUAGGGCUGGGAUUGUAUUAGAGCUAGUUAGAGAUAGGGCUGGGAUUGUAUUAGAGCUAGGUUAGAGAUAGGGCUGACCUAUUAGAGCUAGGGUUAGAGAUAGGGCUGGGAUUGUAUUAGAGCUAGGGUUAGAGAUAGGGCUGGGAUUGUGUUAGAGCUAGGGUUAGAGAUAGGGCUGGGAUUGUGUUAGAGCUAAGGUUAGAGAUAGGGCUGGGAUUGUAUUAGAGCUGGGAUUAUGUUAGAGCUAGAGUUAGAGAUAUGACUGGGUUUGUAUUAGAGCUGGGAUUAUAUUAGAGUUGGGUUAGAGAUAGGGCUGGGAUUGUGUUAGAGCUAGGGUUAGAGAUAGGGCUGGGAUCGUGUUAGAGCUAGGGUUAGAGAUAGGGCUGGGAUUGUAUUAGAGCUGGGAUUAUGUUAGAGCUAGAGUUAGAGAUAUGACUGGGUUUGUAUUAGAGCUGGGAUUAUAUUAGAGUUGGGUUAGAGAUAGGGCUGGAAUUGUAUUAGAGCUAGGGUUAGAGAUAGGGCUGGGAUUAUAUUAGCGUUUGGUUAGUGAUAGGGCUGGAAUUGUAUUAGAGCUAGGGUUAGAGAUAGGGCUGGGAUUGUAUUAGAGCUAGGGUUAGAGAUAGGGCUGGGAUUGUAUUAGAGCUAGGGUUAGAGAUAGGGCUGGGAUUGUGUUAGAGCUAGGGUUAGAGAUAGGGCUGGGAUACUAUUAGAGCUAGGGUUAGUGAUAGGGUUGGGAUUGUAUAAGAGCUAGGAUUAGCGAUAGGGCUGGGAUUGUGUUAGAGCUAGGGUUAGCGAUAGGGCUGAGAUUGUAUUAGCGCUAGGGUUAGAGAUAGGGCUGGGAUUGUAUUAGAGCUAGGGUUAGAGAUAGGGCUGGGAUUUUGUUAGAGCUAGGGUUAGAGAUAGGGCUGGGAUUAUGUUAGAGCUAGGGUUAGCGAUAGGGCUGGGAUCGUGUUAGAGCUUGGGUUAGAGAUAGGGAUGGAAUUGUAUUAGAGCUAGGGUUAGAGAUUGUAUUAGAGCUAGGGUUAGAGAUAGGGCUGAGAUUGUAUUAGCGCUAGGGUUAGAGAUAGGGCUGGGAUUGUAUUAGAGCUGGGAUUAUAUUAGAGUUGGGUUAGAGAUAGGGCUGGAAUUGUAUUAGAGCUAGGGUUAGAGAUAGGGCUGGGAUUUUAUUAGAGCCAGGGUUAGAGAUAGGGCUGGGAUUGUAUUAGUGUGACGAGACCAAUCUCGCCACAGUGCAUUGGAGAAGCCUGGUUGCUUGCCUGCUGCCUUUGGACUAUGGCCCCCUUUUAAAAGACUUUAUUUUUGCCUGCAGAAAAGCUGUAUUCGUGCUUUUCUGCCUGGGGUUCGGUGGAUUUGUUUGAAUGUGUUAUACCCCAGAUAGGAAUCCCAUGGAGCCCAUUCGUAUGAAACUGACUGUAAAGACUUUAGCUCCAUGGCGAUUAAACUGUAUUCGUGUGGUCUGAGCGCCAUUCACUUAAUAAUGUGCGCUCGGACCUGAGCUAUCUGGGGAUAUGUUACAUGUCUGUGUUUUAUGUAAUAAAUGUGACUUUAUGUGUUUUAAAGUGUUUUGUGUCUCUUUGCAACCAUGUGCUUAAUGGAGUCUUGUGUCUGUCCUGGGAGAUAAUUGAAUUACUUAUCUCCAGGAUAGAAGACUCUGAAACUGGUUUGGGCCAGAAAGCCAUGCUUCAUUUAGUCACAAAGGACUUUUUACUAACUUUUGAACCCUUUGUCUGAUUUGUGCCAUUUUUGAAUAUGUUGUUCCCCUGAAUGGAUUGAUUGAGAAUAUGUAAUUUUAUGUGAAUGUGAUGUAUGGUUUUGGAGUUAUGAAAGUUGAGUAGAAAGUAUGUUUUAACUGUUUGUAUAAUUGAGUUUCCUCUCAGGAUAAGGGGAGGGAAUAUGUGGGAUGUAACUGUGAUAUGAUUGGUUGUUUUAUCCCUCCCCGUGGGUGGUCCUGUAUUUGAAACACUGUAAUAAAAACCAGGCUGGGUGUGCCAGCACCUCAGACCACUGCUUGACCCUCAACACGGAGCCUUGUCUCGUUCUUGGGGGGAUUCACUGUAUGCUGUUAGAGACUGAUUGCCAGGAGUGUAAGCUGCUUUUCCUGUUCGUCUGCUAGCAGCUAUUUGGGAGGUUCCAGUUCGGGAGUUGGAGUGCUAUUUUGUAUCCAGUUCAGGAGCUUGGUGUUCUGCAGUAGCUGUGCCUGCAUCUCUGGAAAGGGGGCCGAUCGCCUAAACGGUUUUUACCCCUUUUGUGCAAAACGGUCCGUUACAAUUAGAGCUAGGGUUAGAGAUAGGGCUGGGAUUGUAUUAGAGCUAGGGUUAGAGAUAGGGCUGGGAUUGUGUUAGAGCUAGGGUUAGAGAUAGGGCUGGGAUUGUGUUAGAGCUAAGGUUAGAGAUAGGGCUGGGAUUGUAUUAGAGCUGGGAUUAUGUUAGAGCUAGAGUUAGAGAUAUGACUGGGUUUGUAUUAGAGCUGGGAUUAUAUUAGAGUUGGGUUAGAGAUAGGGCUGGGAUUGUGUUAGAGCUAGGGUUAGAGAUAGGGCUGGGAUCGUGUUAGAGCUAGGGUUAGAGAUAGGGCUGGGAUUGUAUUAGAGCUGGGAUUAUGUUAGAGCUAGAGUUAGAGAUAUGACUGGGUUUGUAUUAGAGCUGGGAUUAUAUUAGAGUUGGGUUAGAGAUAGGGCUGGAAUUGUAUUAGAGCUAGGGUUAGAGAUAGGGCUGGGAUUAUAUUAGCGUUUGGUUAGUGAUAGGGCUGGAAUUGUAUUAGAGCUAGGGUUAGAGAUAGGGCUGGGAUUGUAUUAGAGCUAGGGUUAGAGAUAGGGCUGGGAUUGUAUUAGAGCUAGGGUUAGAGAUAGGGCUGGGAUUGUGUUAGAGCUAGGGUUAGAGAUAGGGCUGGGAUACUAUUAGAGCUAGGGUUAGUGAUAGGGUUGGGAUUGUAUUAGAGCUAGGGUUAAAGAUAGGGCUGGGAUUGUGUUAGAGCUAGGGUUAGAGAUAGGGCUGGGAUUGUGUUAGAGCUAGAGUUAGAGAUAGGGCUGGGAUUGUAUUAGAGCUGGGAUUGUGUUAGAGCUAGAGUUAGAGAUAUGACUGGGUUUGUAUUAGAGCUGGGAUUAUAUUAGAGUUGGGUUAGAGAGAGGGCUGGGAUCGUGUUAGAGCUUGGGUUAGCGAUAGGGCUGGGAUUGUAUUAGAGCUAGGGUUAGAGAUAGGGCUGGGAUUGUAUUAGAGCUAGGGUUAGAGAUAGGGCUGGAAUUGUAUUAGAGCUAGGGUUAGAGAUAGGCUGGAAUUGUGUUAUAGCUAGGGUUAGUGAUAGGGCUGGGAUGGUGUUAGAGAUAGGGCUGGGAUUGUAUUAGAGCUAGGGUUAGAGAUAGGGCUGGGAUUGUAUUAGAGCUAGGGUUAGAAAUAGGGCUGGGAUUAUAUUAGAGUUGGGUUAGAGAUAGGGCUGGAAUUGUAUUAGAGCUAGGGUUAGAGAUAGGGCUGGGAUUGUGUUAGAGCUAUGGUUAGAGAUAGGGCUGGGAUUUUAUUAGAGCUAGGGUUAGAGAUAGGGCUGGGAUUGUAUUAGAGCUAGGGUUAGAGAUAGGGCUUGGAUUGUGUUAGAGCUAGGGUUAGAGAUAGGGCUUGAAUUGUGUUAGAGCUAGGGUUAGAGAUAGGCUGGAAUUGUGUUAUAGCUAGGGUUAGUGAUAGGGCUGGGAUGGUGUUAGAGCUAGGGUUAGAGAUAGGGCUGGGAUUGUAUUAGAGCUAGGGUUAGAGAUAGGGCUGGGAUUGUAUUAGAGCUAGGGUUAGAGAUAAGGCUGGGAUUGUAUUAGAGCUAGGGUUAGAGAUAGGGCUGGGAUUGUGUUAGAGCUAGGGUUAGAGAUAGGGCUGAGAUUGUGUUAGAGCUAGGGUUAGAGAUAGGGCUGAGAUUGUGUUAGAGCUAGGGUUAGAGAUAGGCUGGAAUUGUGUUAUAGCUAGGGUUAGAGAUAGGGCUGGGAUUAUAUUAGAGCUAGGGUUAGAGAUAUGGCUGGCAUUGUAUUAGAGCUAGGGUUAGAGAUAGGGCUGGGAUUGUAUUAGAGCUAGGGUUAGAGAUAGGGCUUGGAUUGUGUUAGAGCUAGGGUUAGAGAUAGGCUAUUGUGAGCUAGGGUUAGUGAUAGGCUGGAAUUGUGUUAUAGCUAGGGUUAGUGAUAGGGCUGGGAUUGUAUUAGAGCUAGGGUUAGAGAUAGGGCUGGGAUUGUAUUAGAGCUAGGGUUAGAGAUAGGGCUGGGAUUGUAUUAGAGCUAGGGUUAGAGCUAGGACUGGAAUUUUAGAGUUGUGCUCAAAAGUUUGCAUACCCUGGCAGAAAUUUUAAAAUGUUGGCAUUGAUUUUGAAAAUAUUACUGAUCAUGCAAAAAAUAUAUUUUAUUAAAAGAUAGUGAUCAUAUGAAGCCAUAUAAAUCAUAUGAAGCUCGUUUUAAACCAUAAUGAUUACAGAAAUCGCCCAAAUGGUCCUGAUCAAAAGUUUACAUACCCUUGAAUGUUUGGCCUUGUUACAGACACACAAAGUGAUACACACAUGUUAAAAUGGCAAUUAAAGGUUAAUUUCCCUUUUUAUUUAAAUUGCAAUUAGUGUCUGUGUGUAAAUAGUCAAUGAGUUUGUUAGCUCUCACGUGGAUGAUCUGAGCAGGCUAGAUACUGUGCCAUGGGGAGCAGAAAAGAACUGUCAAAAGACCUGCAAGGUAAUGGAACUUUAAGAUGGAAAAGGAUAUAAAAAAAUAUCCAAAGCCUUGAAAAUGUCAGUCAGUACUGUUCAAUUAUUUAUUAAGAAGUUGAAAAUUCUGGAAUCUCUUGAUACCAAGCCAAGGUCAGGUAGACCAAGAAAGAUUUCAGCAACAACUGCCAGAAGAAUUGAUACAAAGAAAAACCCACAGGUAACCUCAGGAGAAAUACAGGCUGUUCUGAAAAAAGAUGGUGUGGUUGUUUCAAGGAGCACAAUGUGACGAUACUUGAACAAAAAUGAGCUGCAUGAUCAAGUUGCCAGAAAGAAGCCUUUACCGCGCCAAUGCCACCAAAAGCUUGGUUACAAUAUGCCCAACAACACCUUGACACACAGCAGAGCCUCUGGCACAAUGUAAUUUGGAUUGACAGGACUAAAAUAGAGCUUAAUUGUUACAACCAUAAGGUCAAUGUUUGGAGAGGGGUCAACAAUGACCAUAGUGAAAAGAAUAACAUCCCCACUAUGAAGCAUGGUGGUGUCUCACUGAUGUUUUGGGGGGGUGUGAGCUCUAAAGGCACGGAAAUCUUGUGAAAAUUGAUUGCAAGAUAAAUUCAGCAUAUUAUCAAAAAAUACUAGCAGACAAUUUGGAUUCUUAUGCACGAAGGCUGAGCAUGGGACGCUCUUGGACUUUCCAGCAUGACAAGGCCAAGUUACCCUUCCAGUGGUUACAGUAGAAAGAAAUGAAGGUUCUGGAGUGGCCAUCACAGUCUCCUGACCUUAAUAUCAAUGAGUCACUCUGGGGAGAUCUCAAACAUGCUGUUUGUGAAGAAAUCCCUCUUUAUGUGUAAUAUUUCUUCCAUAGUCAUUCGGUAGAUAUAACUACCGAACAGAGACCACCCCCUGGCUCGUUAAACUUCAAAGAAUGCUUCAAUUGAACCUUCUAUCUGUGCAGCCAGCAUUUCUACUACCGAACGCCACGUGGCUGAGAAAAUGGUGGCCAUCUUUUUUCAGGCGAACAAAGGCAGCGGGACUUGGUCGUCGAGUGUCUGGAACUAAAAUCAGACACGCGACUUCCCAAACACCGGUCUCAACAAGCGAACGCUGGAUCUCUAUUUCUAGAUCUCUAGAAGAGCGCUAUUCGGUACUUUUGUGCAUUCGAAUGAGGGGAACAAUCGCUGCUAAGAGCCAGGGGAAUCCAUUCUUGAACUUAUUCGGUUUUUGCCACUUAACUGAAUAGACCGGCAAAACCACCCAAACUCCUGGAACUAUUUUGGGAAGCCACCUCGUGGUUAGCCGGUCACAAAGGACUUCCACACUUUUUGAGAACCCCUGAACCGAUCUGGGUGAAAUUUGAAUAUGUUGGUCACCCAGAUCGGGGCUAUCAGGGGACAUAUUAUUUGUGGGGAUACCCCAUGUCUAAAGGGGUGUUCUGAAUAUUGGGGGAAAUUGUGAUUUUUCUGCCUGGAGAUAAUCAAGUUAUUACUUUAUCAGACUUGAUUAUCUCCAGGACUAUGGGAGGGAAUUGUAUGUUUGUGCUGGGUGUGUUUUACUGUUUUCCUGUAACUGAUUGGUUAUACUGUGUCCCACCUUGUGGGAUGUGCAUGGGGACUUGCAUGUGUGUGGUCAUUAAAAGCCAGUUCUGUUGUACCCUUUGUGAAGAAACCCCCUUUUUUUUGUUAUAUUGUAUAUACUCAUUGCAUUCCCUUACUGUUACCCUAGUUAUGCCCAUUGCAUUCGGUAGAUGGAACUACCGAACAAAGACCACCCCUCUGGCUCAUUAAACAUCAAAGUUUGGGUGAAAUUGCUACCUCUGUCUGUGCGGCCAGCGUUCGUCAGUCGAAUGCCACGUGGCAGAGAAAACCGCGGCCAUCUUUGUUCAUGCGAACAAAGGCAGCGGGACCUGGUCGUCGAGUUCAUGGAACUAAAAAUGGACACUCGACUUCCCAAACACCGGUCCCAAACAGAUGAUCGCUGGAACUCUAUUUACUGAAUAGCUAGAAGAGCGCUAUUUGGUACUUUGGUGUAUUCGACAGAGGGGCACGAACGCUGCUAGGAGCCAGAGGGAUCCAUUUGGUACUUUGUUCGUUUUUCUGCUUUUUCGAAAGUGACCGGCAAAACCCACCAAAUUCAUGGAACUGUUUUGGGCAAACAGCCCAGGGUGAGCCGGUCACAAGAGACUUCCAUAGUUUUUGUGAACCCCUGAACCGAUCUGGGGCUAUCAGGGGACAUAUAAUUUAUGGGGAUACCUCAAGUAUAAAGGGGUGUUCCAGUUAUUGGGGAAAAAUUCGAUUUUUCAGCCCGGAGAUAAUUAAGUUAACAUUUUAUCAGACUGAAUUAUCUCCUGGGCUAGGGGAGGGAAUUGUAGGUGUGUGUUAACAUUUUACUGUUUAUGAUUGGCUAUUGUUUGUCCCUCCCUGAGGGCUGUCCCCUUGCAUGGGGACUUGCAUAAAAGCUGUGUGCACCUAUUAAAGGACAGUUCAUUUUGUACCCUUCUUCUUGACUUCGGCUGAAGUUUGGGGAUUCGUGUGUUUCGCUAAGGGAAUUAUCUUGUGAAGCUAUUGGAAUUGCUAUAGGAUUAGUCUACCCUAUCUACCGAACGGAGGGCUAUAAUCACUAAGGCUCUGGCGGUUCGGGAGGAAACUACCGAAUGAGGUUUAAAUAUACUUGGUAUCUGUAAAGGAUCCUUGCAUUCGUGCAGCGAUUAUCCUUGCAGCUUCUCCCGAAAUACAACUGAAACGAAGUGAUUAUAGCUCCCAAUCCUUCAUGAAGGGGUAAAACGAAGGGGUAAAACGAUCUGAUUUACUGUGGGCUACCCGCCCGGUAUUUAUGCAGGUCUUCCACCUGGUGGACACUCCACUAGGGGACCAGAUGGAAGACUGGGACAAAAGUAACACAGUAGCCAAUCACAGUGGCUAUAGCAUAAGCACUCCCCUUUUAUCUAAAUCACUCCCUCUUUUCUAUCCUGGAGAUAAUUAACUUAAGGUAGCAAAGAGAGCCUUAAUUAUCUCCAGGAAGAAAGAAACAUGGCUUUUCUUAUUUAGCAAAACAGAAUAAAAAUAUAUAACUUUCUUUUUACACAACAUAAACUUUAAGUUCCACAUAUCCCCAGAUAGCUUGGAUCUGAGGGCAUAUUCUAGGCGAAUAGCGCUCAGAUCCCACUAACACAGUUCUCAGAAUCGUCGACCGAAGUUUGACUUUCACCGGCCGUUCGUGUGUUUGCAGCCGACUGCAAGUUCCAUACUAUAGCUAUCUGGGGUUGGCCACUUUCGCAUUUAUUGUUAUUUCCACGAAAUCCCGCUGUAAUUCUCCAAAUAACCGAACAGGCUUGUUCGUAUAGUCUGUAAAUAGGGGAUUUCGUUACAGUAUCCUUACACCCUUCUUCUUGACUUCGGCUGAUGUUUGGGGAUUUGUAUGCUUUACUAAGGGAAUCAUCUUGUAAAGCUAUUUGUAUUCAUAUGGAUUUCAUUUAUUCCAUCUACCGAACGGAGAGCUAUAAUCACUGAUGCUCUGGCGGUUCGGGAGGAAACUACCGAAUGAGGAUUGGAUAUACUAGGUUUCCUUACACUGUUCAUGCAAGACGACCAAAGACUUUACAUGCCCGGAGGCAUUUUGCCAAGACAAAUGGGCAGCUAUACCCCAUGCAAGAAUUAGGGGCCUCAUAGAUAACUAUUACAAAAGACUGCACGCUGUCAUUGAUGCUAAAGGGGGCAAUGCACAGUAUUAAGAACUAAGGGUAUGUAGACUUUUGAACAGGGGUCAUUUCACUUUUUUCUUUGUUGCCAUGUUUUGUUUUAUGGCUGUGCCAUAUAACCUACAGUUGAAUAUGAAUCCAGUGGCGGAUCCAGAGUCUGAUCUCGGGAGGGGCACUUGUAGAUUAUUUAAAGAAAUAAUCCAGACACAAUAACCACUACAGCUCAGUGUAGUGGUUAUGGUGUCAAUAGUGCCGGGACCACCUCCCACAGUAAGUAGUCAAGCCGUUUAAGAACAGUUUGACAACUUAUCUGAGAUCUGCUUUCAAAAUGUAAAUGUAGCAUAGGAGCAGUGGUGCGUGUGAGUGGUGCAAAUGUGUAAGGGGUGCAGUGUGCGGAAGGUUGUAGUGUGUGAAAGUGAGUGCGCGCGUCGCUACGCGCCCCAGUGGUCAUGGCAGCACGCAGCGCACAAAAGCAGCAGCGCGUGAAAUAAAAGCGUUGAAAGUAGUUCAAAGCGCGUCGCGGCGCGGCGAAAACAAAGCAGCGCAGCGUACAGCGCAGCCGCGCAGCGCUGAAGCAGUGUGUGUAUGGGGGGCAGUGUGUGUGUAUGGGGGCAGUUUGUGUGUAUGGGGGGCAGUUUGUGUGAAUGGGGCAGUGUGUGUGUAUGGGGGCAGUUUGUGUGAAUGGGGGCAGUAUUGGGGGCAAUGUAUGUGUGUGUGGCUUUUUUUUUAUAAUAUAUAUUUUUUUUAAUUUAAUUCGAAUUAAAAAUUUUUAAUUUAAUUAUUUAUCCGAAAUAUGUCCCCCCUCCGUUCUUACUUUUACUGGGGAGGAGGGGGGACAUACUUCGAUCCCUGGUGGUCCCAGUGGUGAUUCAUUGGUGGUCCCAGUGUGGAGAGUGAACUCUAGCCCGCGCUCCCGGGCUAGAGUUCACUCUCGCGAGAUUUGGAGCGUUGCCGUGGUAACCGCGGUAAUGCUUCAAAUCUCACGAGAGGAGGACCCGGAGGAGCUGCAGACUGAGCUCCGGGUCCUCUCUCUCACUCCCUCCCUCCCCCGCUGGCUCUCAGCACAGUGCCUGCCAGGCUGGCAGGGGAGGGAGAGGGAGACCGGCGGAUUUCUCGGGGGGGGCAAUUGCCCCAUUGCCCCCCCCCCUGGAUCCGCCACUGUAUGAAUCCCAUAAGAAAUAAAAGAAAUGUGUUUUGCUCAUGUUUUCAUGUUUUUGAGCACAGCUGUAUUAGCGCUUAGGGAUGGUUGGCAAGUUUAAAAUUUCGUGAACAAACACAAGAUAAAGGCAGAAUAAGCAUUUCCUGUAAGAGGACACAGUGAAAUAAUGAUAACACUUUUAUUGGUAUACGGUCCAUUAUGUACUUUUCCUGUUAGUCCAUGUAUAUAUUUUGCUAUAAUCCAAUGAGCAAUUCUAGACAAUUCUAAGGCUGGUUUGUUAAAUGUUAAAUAUUACAUCACGGCAGCAUCCGGCUUCCCAGUUUCCCAUAGCCUACUUACUGUGGACGUGGAGCACCCCCUGGCUACAACAUGGAAGAGAUCACGUGUAACACCGAACCUCCUUUGGAGUUUUAUUUGAGGCAGUGCUGAUUUUUGAAAUGUUUUUGGCUUUGGCUCCUCUAAAACGUAAAUAGAAAUAGACACUAAGUGAAAUAUAAAUGAAUUUAUUAAAUAAUGUCAUUGUGUGUCUAUGAUAAACCCUGCUCCCUCGAGGUUUAAUGAUUUGGUUCUGAUAGCAAUGAAGAAUAUUAAUGUCUUCAUGACAGGUGUAUAGUCGCCAUUUGGGCAGUCGGAAUCCAGGACAAUCACCCCAUAUCCUAACCCAAUAACGCACGGACACUAAGGGAUAUGGGAAAUUUUGUCCACAGCUUUAUUAAGCAAACAAUAAUAAUAACAAUGAUAAUAAUAAUAAUAACUUAACAAGUAAAACAUGGGUCAUUGCCCCCCAUACUCCUCCCUCGCAUCCUAUUCCUUCCAUUAACAUAUAAAGGGCAAUGACCCCCAUAUAAAUAACACAUAUAUAUAUAUAUAACAUACAUCAACAUUAUUCCAAUACCGAUGUAAAGUGCCAACCAUCCAUUAACCACGGCAGGGGUAUACCCGGAUACCCCUACCCCACCAGGUUCUGAGCCACCGACAGGACUCGAAACCACCGAUGACCACCACUUGUUUGUUUUCCAUUACGUUCAUCCUGGGGAGCCUAUUUCCUUUCCUUCAGCUCCCCAUCCCGCCGCUGUGAAAAAACGGGACAACCCCACGCAGAACACAACAGGGAGGGUGGGUGGGACAGACUUAACCAGGUAGGAAAUUAGAAUUACUCCCCUAAAAUGGCUGCCCAUUUAAAUAACCAAACCUACUUACCCAUAACUCCACUCCCUUGCUUACUUCCUCCAAUGCCGGCCUCCUAACCCAUGUCAAGGCCUUUUUUCGCUUAGCUGUGCCUGGCUGCAUGGGGCUACACGUAGGUGGAAAUAUAAUGUUUGCUCCUUACAUGCGGUUGAUCGAUAUUAAAGUGAUUUAUGUACAUUUUCUAUGGUGUUUAUCUUUGAAUAGGAUAAAAAAAAAUGGACCUUGUUUUUUGAUGCUCAAUGUAUGUUUGCAAUGACUAUUUGUUUAGUGGCCUUAAUGGCUUUGAUAAUGGCGCACAUCGUAUAAUGGCUUUGAUAAUGGCGCACAUCGUAUAAUGGCUUUGAUAAUGGCGCACAUCAUAUAAUGGCUUUGAUAAUGACGCACAUCGAAUAAUGGCUUUGAUAAUGACACACAUCGUAUAAUGGCUUUGAUAAUGACGCACAUCGAAUAAUGGCUUUGAUAAUGGCGCACGUCGCAUAAUGGCUUUGAUAAUGACGCACAUCGAAUAAUGGCUUUGAUAAUGACGCACGUCGUAUAAUGGCUUUGAUAAUGACGCACGUCGUAUAAUGGCUUUGCUAAUGGCGCACAUCGUAUAAUGGCUUUGAUAAUGGCGCACAUUGUAUAAUGGCUUUGAUAAUGGCGCACAUUGUAUAAUGGCUUUGAUAAUGGCGCACAUUGUAUAAUGGCUUUGAUAAUGAUGCACAUCGUAUAAUGGCUUUGAUAAUGACGCACAUUGUAUAAUGGCUUUGCUAAUGGCGCACAUCGUAUAAUGGCUUUGAUAAUGGCGCACAUUGUAUAAUGGCUUUGAUAAUGAUGCACAUCGUAUAAUGGCUUUGAUAAUGGCGCACAUCGUAUAAUGGCUUUGAUAAUGGCGCACAUCGUAUAAUGGCUUUGAUAAUGGCGCACAUCGUAUAAUGGCUUUGAUAAUGACGCACAUCGUAUAAUGACUUUGAUAAUGGCGCACAUCGAAUAAUGACUUUGAUAAUGACGCACAUCGUAUAAUGAUUUUGAUAAUGGCGCACAUCGUAUAAUGGCUUUGAUAAUGACAUGCAUCGUAUAAGGAUGAAAUAAUAAAUGUCUGACUGAUGUUGCCGCAGAGGCACAGGUAGCGGUUGAUAACUGCCCGGGGAGUAGCCAUAUAUAAUAAAUGUUUUGCAUUCUGUGUCUAUUCUUAGUGAGCAGAGAAUCACUGCAGCAAACGUUAUACGGAGAGGCAGAGACCAUGUGGAAAUUGAACCAUGAGCGACUCCUCAAGCUGUACGCAGUGUGUCUCCAGGCCGAACCUGUGUUCAUUGUUACUGAGUACAUGAAACACGGAACGCUGAAAUCGUACCUAAAAAGUAACGUACAUGGUGUUGCACACCACAACUUCUAAAGGCGGGCUUUUAUUUAUAUUUCGGGGUGCCUGGGAUUAAUGCUGUCCAUUUUUGUUUUAUUUUUUGCACUGAUUAAACUAUUCUACAUUUUCUGUUUCUUGAUGAAGUUAAAAAUACACAGGAGUGCAGCAAAAUGUGCAAAAAUAUACACUAUGUCCAAUUGUUAAAAAAAACAAAAACCACAAAUUGGCAAAGAAGCAAUAAAUACAUGUUAGAAUAAUUUAUAGCUCGCAUACUGCAGCCCCAACACUUGGCUAUAGAAGGUAUAACAAACCGUGCACCAAAUGCAGAUCUUUUGUCCUGUGUUAACUUCUUCAAAAAUAGAAAAAGCAGUUAAGGAUUGCACUCAGAAAGCAUUUAUUAAAGAACGUACCACAAUCCAGUCUGUGCUACGCAACCCCAUAGGGUCCCAUUAUUUUAAGAACCCAGACUACCAGGGCAAAAAUACACACAGGACCACAUUGAAGUGUACUUACCUUGCCACUAGGUAUGUAUACCAAUGGUGUAUUCUCAUGAUAUGUAGGGUAGGACCAAUCUAAUUGUUUCCUUCUAGAGCUCAGUAUUGGGACUACAUUAGCUAUGGAUUAUCCUAACAAGUAGUCACUGUGUUUUUGUUAAUGUGUAGCAUAUUUAUUCCCAACAGUUAGGAUGUAAAGUAUAUUUUUGAACAUUUUGACGAGAUCCUAUGUGUGUUUUUGGCUAGAUAGUUUGGAUCUAGGAAUAGUACGUUAUGAGAUUGAACACCCUAGUCUGGAUUGCUGCCUAUAACUUACUACAUGCUUUCUGAAUGCCAUCCUUAACUGUUUUAGUCUUCAUGAAGCUAAAACACGACAGGAGAUUUGCAUUUUUCAGCCAACACAGGACUUUUUCCAUGCUUGUCAGAAAAAAAAAUGUUCAUAAUAUAGAAUGUUUUCAUUGUGUUUUUGAAUGGAUUACCCCCUCUCCUUACCCUGUUUUUCUUUAAAAUGUUUGUUUUAAAAAAAUUCAACAAAACAGUUUGAAAAGAUAAAAAGCAGUUACAAAAUAUGGUCAGUGCAUUUCAUUAAUGUGCGCCUCCACUCAUACCGACCACCAGUUAGCCUUUAUCACUUUGACUCCACUGAUACCGACCACCAGUUAGCCUUUACCAUUUUGACUCCACUGAUACCGACCACCAGUUAGCCUUUAUCACUUUGACUCCACUGAUACCGACCACCAGUUAGCCUUUAUCACUUUGACUCCACUGAUACCGACCACCAGUUAGUCUUUACCAUUUUGGUCCCACUGUUAGCCUUUACCAUUUUGGCUCCACUGAUACGACCACCAGUUAGUCUUUACCAUUUUGACUCCACUGAUACAGAACCACCAGUUAGCCUUUACCAUUUUGGAACCACUGAUACCAACCACCAGUUAGUCUUUACCAUUUUGGUCCCACUGAUACAGAACCACCCGUUAGCCUUUACCAUUUUGGCUCCACUGAUACGACCACCAGUUAGUCUUUACCAUUUUGACUCCACUGAUACAGAACCACCAGUUAGCCUUUACCAUUUUGGAACCACUGAUACCAACCACCAGUUAGUCUUUACCAUUUUGGUCCCACUGAUACAGAACCACCCGUUAGCCUUUACCAUUUUGGCACCACUGAUACCAACCACCAGUUAGUCUUUACCAUUUUGACUCCACUGAAACAGAACCACCAGUUAGCCUUUACCAUUUUGGCACCACUGAUACCAACCACCAGUUAGUCUUUACCAUUUUGGCACCACUGAUACCAACCACCAGUUAGCCUUUACCAUUUUGGCUCCACUGAUACGACCACCAGUUAGCCUUUACCAUUUUGGUUCCACUGAUACCGAUCACCAGUUAGCCUUUACCAUUUUGGGCCCACUGAUACCGACCACCAGUUAGUCUUUACCAUUUUGGUCCCACUGAUACAGAACCACCAGUUAGCCUUUACCAUUUUGGUCCCACUGAUACCGACCACCAGUUACCCUUUACCAUUUUGACUCCACUGAUACAGAACCACCAGUUAGCCUUUACCAUUUUGAUUCCACUGAUACCGACCACCAGUUAGCUUUUACCAUAUUGCAAAAUGGACAAUAAGUUGCAUUUAUGAAUUUGUCGUACGGACUUACCAGGACAAUAUAAAAGGAUCGCGUAGGUGUACUUCACCUGUGACCAGCUGAGCAAUUAACCCUAAAGGGUUUAUUCACCAAACAACAAAUUGUAGUGAAUAAUUAUUCAGUAUUUCACCUUUAUUGUUGCUGUUUGAUUUUCAAUUCACUGCAAUUCGUGUUUGCAUUUCACACGUCUCUAUUAAACGACAUUCACCGUGCUUAUAGAAAGGCUUUAGUCAGUAAAUGUUCUCAUAUAUGGAAUGUGUGUAGAACGAAAACAGCCACAAAUCACUAACUUUACCCAAAAGCAUUUUAAACAUUACUGACAGAAUCUGCUUACGAUAAAUACAGAGAUUUGCCCGCAGUUUGACUGGAACAAUAAUUGUGAUGGAGAUUAGCUCCUGUCUUACUAGUUUGGCCACUAUCUCAAUGUGUGUCAGGGAUUAUGUAUAAAACAUGUCGUAAUCACUUUCACGUUUGUGAAUGUUUUGUGCAUGUGGACCAUUUCUGUCCUAUUACUUUUUAUACAUUAGGGACUUCUCUGUCGUGCGCCAAGAUAAGACGCGUUUCUUCAUAUUCCUUUUUACAUCUUUUUUUUUUCUUUUUUUUUCCCAUUGAUUUGACUGCGUCCACAUUUUGAAAGUUACAGGACAAACAUUUAAUAUUAUUAGAAAAUAAGUACAUUUGUGAUGUAAAGGAUGUUUUGUGCAUUGACCCAAAAAAUCAAGAGCAUGUUCAGUGUUUUACCUGUAUUGAUCACUUUUAGGUUGGCUCCCCAACCACUCUCUGCUGCUCCUGCUGGUGCCUUCACAGCGAUGGGUGGCAGGGAUUGGUUGAGAGCCAAUAGCUGGUAUGGCUUAUAAGGAGUUAAACUGCACCUUCCCUAUUCAUUUAGUGUUAAACCAUUCAAAAUCACUUCAAUGGGAUGAAAUGCUGUCUACAGGGUUCCUUUAACAUAGUGUCUUUAUUUCAGGUCAUCAAAAGAACCGAGACCUGGAACUGCACCAGCUAAUAGACUUUGCUGUUCAGGUAAAUGUUAAAACCUUGAGUUUGUUCCAUGGAAGUUCUGUUUGAUAGCACGAUUAGAACCCUCAGUUUAAUCAUUGAGCGUCAAGGUGUAGAUGUUGUUAUCUGAAUGAUUCUCCUGCUGGGUUUUAGAUAAAUGUCUUUAAAAGAUGAUGCUCUGUUUACUGGGUACUAUGUUCCCUGCUAGUCGUUCCACCACAUUCGGGAUGUAAAGACAUAUUAUGCUGAGAGGGGGAUGCAAAUUUUUAUUUUGUUUUUCAAAAUCCAUGUAUCAGGCAUCAUGUAAUAAACAGGACAGGCUCAUUUAUACUGUUCUAAUACAACACCACUAUUCCAGUACUGCUUUAGUACAACACCGCUCUAUUACAAUAUUCUAUAACAACACCGCACUAUUACGACACCGCACUAUUACGACACCGCACUAUUACGACACUGCACUAUUACGACACUGCACUAUUACGACACCGCACUAUUACGACACUGCACUAUUACGACACCGCUCUAUUACGACACCGUACUAUUACGACACUGCACUAUUACGACACUGCACUAUUACGACACUGCACUAUUACGACACUGCACUAUUACGACACCGCUCUAUUACAACACUGCUCUAUUACAAUACUUCUCUAUUACAAUACUGCUCUAUUAUAACGCCACUCUAUUACAGUACUGCUCUAUUACAAUGCUGCUCUUUUACAAUAUUCUAUAACACCGCACUAUUACAACACCGCUUUAUUACAAUAUUCUAUAACAAUGCUGCUCUAUUACAACACCGCUCUAUUACAAUACUGCUCUAUUACAACACAGCUCUAUUACAACACUGCUCUAUUACAAUACUGCUCUAUUACAACACCGCUCUAUUACAACACCGCUCUAUUACAAUACAGCUCCAUUACAACACCGCUCCAUUACAACACCGCUCUAUUACAAUGUCAUAUUGCAAUAUUUAUUCUAAUUACAGAACUGCUCUAUUACAACACAGCUCCAUUACAACACCGCUCUAUUACAAUACCGCUCUAUUACAAUACCGCUCUAUUACAAUACCGCUCUAUUACAACACCGCUCUAUUACAAUAUCAUAUUGCAAUAUUUAUUCUAAUUACAGAACUGCUCUAUUACAACACAGUCUAUUACAAUGCCGCUCUAUUUGUAGCGGGACUUACCUGGUCCUCGUGCCGGCCUGGAUUCUCCUGGUGGGCUGUGGGUGUCGAACGGUAUGAUCGGGUGCGCGGUCUGUACAGUAUUGAGAACGCUGAUUGCGUCACGAGCACGUUCUUAAAAUGAAAUGGGAGCCUAAUCUCAUGGUUUUCUCCCAUUGACCCACGUCAUUUCGGCACCCCGAUUCGCGCAUGUUUUGGGGUUGCAGGUUUGAUGUGAACCAAUCAAAUGAAACCCAAUAGUAUUUAAACUUACCUGGAGUAUUGUAUUGUAUUCUGUUAUUGACCUUGGCAUUUGUUCCUGGCUCUGAGCUUAUCUUUAACCUUCGACUGUCUCGUUUGCCAGUCUGAGUGAUUACCGUGUACCUGACUCUGGCUAGUUCUCAUUUUCGCUGUCUCUCUGUUACCCUGACCUCGGUUUGUAUUGUGACUUCUCUUUACUCUCUGUCUAACGUUUAGUCCGGCCACUCUAAUGCCCAGUAAUACGUUUAUUUCCUUUGUCUGUCCUUUUCUAUCCUAAACUCUGCGUGUUGGGGUUAUACCUCGUGACACUAUUACAAUGCUGCUCUGUUAAAAUAUCACUCUAUUACAAUACCACUCUAUUAUAAUACCGCACUGGUCUAUUACAAUACUGCUUUAUUGAAGUACUGGUUUAUUACAACACUGCUCUGUUACAAUAUUAGUGGCAUGUUAAUCAUCUCAAUUAAAUUAUCUUCAAUCCAUCUAUUAGAACUCACACCCUCGUCAUAAGGAUGAAUAAUUCUCCAAUUCAGCGUGUUCUUGCAUUCCUUUCACUCAGAUAUCUCAAGGCAUGGAUUACAUGGAGCAGAACAGCUGUGUGCACCGUGACCUGCGCAGUGAGAAUAUCCUCCUGACUGCCAUGAUGUCCUGCAAGAUCGGAGACUUUGGACUGGCGCGUUUCAUGGACAGUACAUCUGUUGCUAUCACUACAGGUGACCAGAUCAGGAUAUUUUAAAAAUUUUAUAUAUAUAUAUAUAUAUAUAUGUAUAUGUGUAUGUGUAUGUAUAUAUACAGUAUUUUCUGAAGUUUACUGAACUAAAUGUUUAUUUGCUAUAUUAAAAUUAAUACAAAUUGUCUAAAGGGUAAAGUAUAUAAGCAAUUAGAAAGAGGAGAAGUCCACUAAAGGGACUAUGGCAGGCUGUAGAGCUGGGACAAUCCCAAACCACAGUAUGGGCUGUGGAGAAUCACAAUUUAACAUGGAAACCAGCUGUUGUGUAUAUUAAUGCUUAAACAUGAUGGGUAUCUUGUCAAUAUAUGUUAAAGGGACACUAUAGUCACCUGAACAACUUUAGAUUAAUGAAGCAGUUUUGGUGAAUAGAACAUGUCCCUGCAGCCUCACUGCUCAAUCCUCUGCCAUUUAGGAGUUAAAUCCCUUUGUUUAUGAACCCUAGUCACACCUCCCUGCAUGUGACUUGCACAGCCUUCCAUAAACACUUCCUGUAAAGAGAGCCCUAUUUAGGCUUUCUUAAUUGCAAGUUCUGUUUAAUUAAGAUUUUCUUAUCCCCUGCUAUGUUAAUAGCUUGCUAGACCCUGCAAGAGCCUCCUGUAUGUGAUUAAAGUUCAAUUUAGAGAUUGAGAUACAAUUAUUUAAGGUAAAUUACAUCUGUUUGAAAGUGAAACCAGUUUUUUUUUUUCAUGCAGGCUCUGUCAAUCAUAGACAAGGGAGGUGUGGCUAGGGCUGCAUAAACAGAAACAAAGUGAUUUGACUCCUAAAUGACAGUGAAUUGAGCAGUGAAAUUGCAGGGGAAUGAUCUAUACACUAAAACGGCUUUAUUUAGCUAAAGUAAUUUAGGUGACUAUAGUGUUCCUUUAAUAUAGCUAAAAGCAUAUAUGGUUUAAUGUGUGCUGCUGUGGGUAAGAUAGCAUGAAGACCAUUGUUUAAUCUGACACACAGCCAUACAUUCUCUGCAUUAAUCAUGUCCUCUCAUUACCAGACGCAAAGGUUCCUAUUAAGUGGAUGGCACCAGAGGUUUUCCAGACCCAAAGGUAUUCCAGUAAGUCAGAUGUAUGGUCAUUUGGAGUCCUCUUGGUGGAAAUCGUAACAUAUGGAAAAAUCCCUUUCUCAGGUGGGUGGUCACUAAGGACAGGUAAAAAAGCUCCCUUAAGAUAUGAAACAGACUUCAUGGAACACAGGGUGCAUGCCAUGUCUGGAUUUAGCACAGGACGAGUUUAAGUCUAGUUCCCAGUGCAUGCCAUGUCUGGAUUUAGCACAUGAUGAGUUUAGCUCUAGUUCCCAGUGCAUGCCAUGUCUGGAUUUAGCACAGGAUGAGUUUAGGUCUAGUUUCAAGUGCAUGCCGUGUCUGGAUUUAGCACAGGAUAUAUAGGUUAGCACAGUGUGAGAUUAGGAGUUCUUAGUCGAUGAUAUUUAUGGAGUAAGCACAGUGUGAGAUUAGGUGUUCUUAGUCGAUGAUCUUUAUGGAGUUUGCACAGUGUGAGAUUUGUUGUUCUUAGUCUGUGAUAUUUAUGGAGUAAACACAGUGUGAGAUUAGGAGUUCUUAGUCUGUGAUAUUUAUGGAGUUAGCACAGUGUGAGAUUAGGAGUUCUUAGUCUGUGAUAUUUAUGGAGUUAGCACAGUGUGAGAUUAGGAGUUCUUAGUCUGUGAUAUUUAUGGAGUUUACACAGUGUGAGAUUAGGAGUUCUUAGUCUGUGAUAUUUAUGAAGUUAGCACACUGUGAGAUUAGGUGUUCUUAGUCUGUGAUAUUUAUGGAGUUAGCACAGUGUGAGAUUAGGAGUUCUUAGUCUAUGAUAUUUAUGGAGUUUACACAGUGUGAGAUUAGGUGUUCUUAGUCUGUGAUAUUUAUGGAGUAAACACAGUGUGAGAUUAGGUGUUCUUAGUCUGUGAUAUUUAUGGAGUUAGCACAGUGUGAGAUUAGGAGUUCUUAGUCUGUGAUAUUUAUGGAGUAAACACAGUGUGAGAUUAGGUGUUCUUAGUCUGUGAUAUUUAUGGAGUUAGCACACUGUGAGAUUAGGUGUUCUUAGUCUGUGAUAUUUAUGGAGUUUACACAGUGUGAGAUUAGGAGUUCUUAGUCGAUGAUAUUUAUGGAGUUUGCACAGUGUGAGAUUAGGUGUUCUUAGUCUGUGAUAUUUAUGGAGUUAGCACACUGUGAGAUUAGGUGUUCUUAGUCUGUGAUAUUUAUGGAGUAAGCACACUGUGAGAUUAGGAGUUCUUAGUCUGUGAUAUUUAUGGAGUUUGCACAGUGUGAGAUUAGGUGUUCUUAGUCGAUGAUAUUUAUGGAGUAAGCACACUGUGAGAUUAGGAGUUCUUAGUCUGUGAUAUUUAUGGAGUUUACACAGUGUGAGAUUAGGUGUUCUUAGUCGAUGAUAUUUAUGGAGUAAACACAGUGUGAGAUUAGGAGUUCUUAGUCUGUGAUAUUUAUGGAGUAAGCACACUGUGAGAUUAGGAGUUCUUAGUCGAUGAUAUUUAUGGAGUUAGCACAGUGUGAGAUUAGGUGUUCUUAGUCGAUGAUAUUUAUGGAGUAAACACAGUGUGAGAUUAGGAGUUCUUAGUCUGUGAUAUUUAUGGAGUUAGCACACUGUGAGAUUAGGAGUUCUUAGUCUGUGAUAUUUAUGGAGUUUACACAGUGUGAGAUUAGGUGUUCUUAGUCGAUGAUAUUUAUGGAGUAAGCACACUGUGAGAUUAGGAGUUCUUAGUCUGUGAUAUUUAUGGAGUUAGCACACUGUGAGAUUAGGAGUUCUUAGUCGAUGAUAUUUAUGGAGUAAGCACAGUGUGAGAUUUGUUGUUCUUAGUCUGUGAUAUUUAUGGAGUUAGCACAGUGUGAGAUUAGGAGUUCUUAGUCUGUGAUAUUUAUGGAGUAAACACAGUGUGAGAUUAGGAGUUCUUAGUCUAUGAUAUUUAUGGAGUUUACACAGUGUGAGAUUAGGAGUUCUUAGUCUGUGAUAUUUAUGGAGUUAGCACAGUGUGAGAUUAGGAGUUCUUAGUCUGUGAUAUUUAUGGAGUUAGCACAGUGUGAGAUUAGGAGUUCUUAGUCUGUGAUAUUUAUGGAGUUAGCACACUGUGAGAUUAGGAGUUCUUAGUCGAUGAUAUUUAUGGAGUAAGCACAGUGUGAGAUUUGUUGUUCUUAGUCUGUGAUAUUUAUGGAGUUAGCACAGUGUGAGAUUAGGAGUUCUUAGUCUGUGAUAUUUAUGGAGUAAGCACAGUGUGAGAUUAGGAGUUCUUAGUCUAUGAUAUUUAUGGAGUUAGCACAGUGUGAGAUUAGGAGUUCUUAGUCUGUGAUAUUUAUGGAGUUAGCACACUGUGAGAUUAGGAGUUCUUAGUCUGUGAUAUUUAUGGAGUUAGCAUUUAGGGAGUUCUUAGUCUGUGAUAUUUAUGGAGUUAGCACAGUGAGAUUAGGAGUUCUUAGUCUGUGAUAUUUAUGGAGUUAGCACAGUGUGAGAUUAGGAGUUCUUAGUCUGUGAUAUUUAUGGAGUUAGCACAGUGUGAGAUUAGGAGUUCUUAGUCUGUGAUAUUUAUGGAGUUAGCACAGUUCUUAGUGAUGGAUUAGAGAGGUUCUUAGUCUGUGAUAUUUAUGGAGUUUAGCACAGUGUGAGAUUAGGGUGUUCUUAGUCGAUGAUAUUUAUGGAGUUAGCACACUGUGAGAUUAGGUGUUCUUAGUCUGUGAUAUUUAUGGAGUUAGCACACUGUGAGAUUAGGAGUUCUUAGUCUGUGAUAUUUAUGGAGUAAGCACAGUGUGAGAUUAGGAGUUCUUAGUCUGUGAUAUUUAUGGAGUUAGCACAGUGUGAGAUUAGGAGUUCUUAGUCUGUGAUAUUUAUGGAGUUAGCACAGUGUGAGAUUAGGAGUUCUUAGUCUGUGAUAUUUAUGGAGUUAGCACACUGUGAGAUUAGGAGUUCUUAGUCUGUGAUAUUUAUGGAGUUAGCACAGUGUGAGAUUAGGAGUUCUUAGUCUGUGAUAUUUAUGGAGUUAGCACAGUGUGAGAUUAGGAGUUCUUAGUCUGUGAUAUUUAUGGAGUUAGCACAGUGUGAGAUUAGGAGUUCUUAGUCUGUGAUAUUUAUGGAGUUUACACAGUGUGAGAUUAGGAGUUCUUAGUCUGUGAUAUUUAUGGAGUUUACACAGUGUGAGAUUAGGUGUUCUUAGUCUGUGAUAUUUAUGGAGUUAGCACAGUGUGAGAUUAGGAGUUCUUAGUCUAUGAUAUUUAUGGAGUUACACAGUGUGAGAGUUCUUAGUCUGUGAUAUUUAUGGAGUUAGCACAGUGUGAGAUUAGGAGUUCUUAGUCUGUGAUAUUUAUGGAGUUAGCACAGUGUGAGAUUAGGAGUUCUUAGUCUGUGAUAUUUAUGGAGUUAGCACAGUGUGAGAUUAGGAGUUCUUAGUCUAUGAUAUUUAUGGAGUUAGCACAGUGUGAGAUUAGGAGUUCUUAGUCUAUGAUAUUUAUGGAGUUAGCACAGUGUGAGAUUAGGUGUUCUUAGUCUGUGAUAUUUAUGGAGUUACACAGUGUGAGAUUAGGUGUUCUUAGUCUGUGAGAUUAGGAGUUCUUAGUCUGUGAUAUUUAUGGAGUUAGCACAGUGUGAGAUUAGGAGUUCUUAGUCUAUGAUAUUUAUGGAGUUAGCACAGUGUGAGAUUAGGUGUUCUUAGUCUGUGAUAUUUAUGGAGUUAGCACACUGUGAGAUUAGGAGUUCUUAGUCUGUGAUAUUUAUUCAGUGUGAGAUUAGUCUGUGAUAUUUAUUGAGAUUAGGGAGUUAGUCUGUGAUACACUGUGAGAUUAGGAGUUCUUAGUCUGUGAUAUUUAUGGAGUUUACACAGUGUGAGAUUAGGAGUUCUUAGUCUGUGAUAUUUAUGGAGUUAGCACAGUGUGAGAUUAGGAGUUCUUAGUCUGUGAUAUUUAUGGAGUUUACACAGUGUGAGGUUAGGAGUUCUUAGUCUGUGAUAUUUAUGGAGUAAACACAGUGUGAGAUUAGGUGUUCUUAGUCUGUGAUAUUUAUGGAGUAAGCACACUGUGAGAUUAGGUUUGGGAUUAGUCUGGACACGUUAUGACAUGUAUGUACGUAGUGGGGAAUCGCGAUGCAGCCUAGAAAAAAUCUAAACCCAUUUACCCCCCCACCCCCACCCCCAAUAACGACAGACCACUUAGUAUGGAUGAACAGGCCACAGCAUUUAUUAUCACAAACUAAAUUACUGCAUAACACAUCCAUAACUUUAUUUAUUAAAUCUCUUCUUUCUAUAACCAAAACGUUAGACAUAAAUAACCAUAAAUUAACAUAUAUACAUAUAUAACUCCACCCAUAGUGUUAUACAGUGACCCAACCGUCCUUGCCAAUAAACAUACAGUGGUUCCUAAUCACCACUUCCUCUCACCUCCCCCCUCGUCAUAAAAAUCAUAUCUUUCCAAUGCCCGCCAUCAGCCGACCUUAUCCACGCUCGAUGGGCACGACACCUCAGGCAACCUAAUGUUAACCUUUUGAAGCAGGGGAGGUUGAGACCUAAAAAAACUUGUUCAUCUCAUUCCAUAUACUUAAACGUAACCACUCAAACUCAAUUGGCAAGGACAUACCCCCGGCUAGCUGUGACUAAAUAUACCAAUUGGGCGGGCAGGAGGGAAGCUGUUUGCUGGCCUGAAUCCCAAGUGGCACUGAGGUAAGACCACCCCCACACUAACUUACACAGAACAUAAUCCCACCCACACACUCUUUCCCAACCAAUCCCAUGCAUCUAUCCCCAUACUCCUACAUGUGCGCUUGUCUGCUUAGCUGCGCUAUCUUCCCAGGGCCUUAAUCACACUUACCAUAUUGACAAAUGUUUUAGGUUUUGUUAUCAUUGCAUUAUCUGCUUAAGCAGUUGGAGGUCAGGACCAGAAAUGUUUAACAAUUGGAAUUGCUUCUUUUUUCAAAUUGGGUUUGAUAGACAAAAAAUAUCUUUGUCAUAUUAUUAUAUUAUAGUUUGUAAAAUGUUUUGUUCACAAAUCAUGUCUGACAGAGUGGGUUUUAUUUGUUAGUUUUAGUAAGAUUUCACACAAAGUAUGUUGUCUCCAGGUAAAACAAACCAGGAAUACAUUGAGGAAAUGAUGUCUGGAACACCUCUGCAGCCUCCCGCUGACUGCCCAAAUGAUUUGUCCUUCAUAAUGAAGUUGUGCUGGAAGCAACAGCCAGAAAUUCGGCCCUCGUUCUCUGAGCUUGAGCUCCUACUGAUGAACCUUCUAAAUCCCACACUUGGUGAAGAUACCAUGGAGUGAACCUUUUUUAAAUGUAGACAUUGCUGCUAAAAAACUUGAAAAGCACCUUUACGAUGUACAAGGGCCCAGUAAACCCUUCUAUAACAAGACACAUUUACCAUCCACCAGGGGUUCGCAUAUCACUGCUAAAUACAUAAUGCUGACCAAGCUGUUGGAAUUCAUUUGCUCCAGAAAGAUGUAGGUCACCACCUGUCUUUGUGAGUAAAGACCAACUUACUGGGAAGCGUUCCACAAUGAGGGACUGGGUUUGUACCGGUCAUAUAUUUAAUGCUGUAAUAUCUAGACCUACAAUCCUGACUGAUUUCUCUUAUAAGAAUUAGCAUUAUAAGUCAUCAGUCUAUUUUAUUAUCUCUUUCUUCUUUAAUAAUGGCCUUACAACAGGACAAAGUCAACAUCUUAAACCUUUCACCAUGCAAUUACAAGCCAACAAUGUCACUACUGUAGCGCUAACAUUAGUAGUCCUACUGCCCAGGCCUUAGAGGGUUUCUUGUCACUGCAAGCCACAGUAUUUCAGAUUUCGACUCAGAUCUUUACUUGCCAAUGGCUAAUGCGAUUGGAAAUAUUUGGCUCCGACUAUUGCAUGUGGGAUAAUUUAUUGAGUAUAAUCUCCGGCUGUAUAUAGGAACAAACUCUUACCUUUCUCUGCAUUAUCAAAGACAGAGCUGCUGGAAGAGAGUCAUUUAAGAGAACUGGCUAUAGAUCCAGCAAUAUUUAUUUGUGUAUUUUAUGAACAAUGGACUAAUGUAGUAAUGUGGUCAUUCUUAAGGCACAGAUGGGAUUCGUCUUCAGCAGGGUGAUCAAGCAACCAUUUCCCCCCUAAACACUGGGUAGUUGGAAAUGUAUCACUUCACUAACAAGCACUUUUUGUUCGAAAAUAUAUGAGCAUGGUAUUUUUCUGAAACAUAGGAUGCUAAGCUAUUACAUUAACAUACAACAAAAGCAGCAAUUUUGUGUAUAGGUUGCUGUCCAGAAAAAAACAAUAAAUGAUGCAAAUGUUCCCAAUUUUUAUUUUUCCUGUAUUUGUUCAUCCUUUAUAGAAAUAUGGGGGGAGGAAGAACUUUACACAGUUCAUUAUCUCGUUAUAAGUCACACAGGGCC